AUGGUAGGACCCCGUUCGGAAUGGCAGACCAUUGUAGUUGGUAAGUGGAAUAGACCAAUUUCAAGAUUUUACAAUAAUUUAUAUUAACCAACCGCCGCAAACCCCGGCCGGACCAACACUCAAGGUCUUUAAAUAACGGAGAAGAAAAUGCUGUCUUUGUAAUGACAUCUGCAAAUGGUUAGACUUUCUAGUCUCCUCGGAUAAGGACGAAAAACCGUAGGUCCCGUCUCACAGCACUCUCACUGAUCUGUUCUUGUGGGACGUAAAAGAACCCACACCACUGUUCGAAAAGAGUAGGCGCGUAGACCCAGGUGCGGCCAACCUUUACUGGUUGUGGGAUUGGGUAGGGAUGGCACCUUGCAUGGGACCUAUGAGUCCCGUUCGUACCCAUUCCCUUUGGGCAGGCCCGUGUCCAGAAAAGCUGGUAAAACAUAUAUUCCGCGCGCUGAUUGGUUGAUAGCUACGGUCGAUGAGACUCGGACCAUUCGCAAUUUGACAUUAAUGUAUCUUGUUUACCCUCCCUCCCUGCCCCUUAAUUAGAUUUUGCCUGUUCUUGUCUUUGAUUCGCAUUCUUUUCGGAAGACUGUAUAUAAUACCCAGGAGAAAUUGGGAAUAAUGGUUAGGUGAAAUUUGGGAGUUUAAACAAGCUACAUUACGGUCUAUUUGAAAAUGAUUAAUGGAAAUAAGAUAUAGUUUCCGCAGUUCUUUUCCUCUUUCAUUUGCCCGCUAUUUUCUGUGAAACUUCACAGAAUAUUGAAGUUAAAAAGCCACUAGUAUCUAAAACCAAACAAAGUGACAACAUCUUAUCGAGCACGGUGACACAAAUUUGUUUUUUCUUCCUCUCACGCUCGAUUUUCUUAAGGGGCUUUCAUAAAAAUGGGUGCCAAUGUUAUUAAACAACCAAUUAGGCAGGGUCUGUCCUAUUUUCGACCAUUGAAAUGACGUCAAACUGUCAUUCAAAACUUUGAGUUCCACAUGAGUUCUGAAUAUUUGACGUCAUCUGUAAGGUCGAAAAUAAGAAUGGAAUAUUAAUGUCGAUUUGGUGAGUCAUCUAUCAAAUCUUAGCAACUAUGGUAAUAUUAGUUUAUUAUGGCUGCGUGAUUCCGCGAGCGGACCCGGCUACCCGGAUAACCUGAGCUAAGUAACCGGCAUUGGAGAGUUUGCGACUCAUUUUGAUACUUUCUUAUUUUUAGGCUGUGGAGGGACAUUUAACCAGUCACACGGAAUGUUUAACCUUAGUAAAUCCGACUGGGAUAGACGAGAAUGUACCUGGAAAAUUUACAAUGCUGGACUGGACAAUGCAGUUCUCCUUAUGUCACUAGAUGUAUUAAGGCUUCGUAACUGCGGACACAAGUAAGACAGCUUUCGGUUUUGUUUACUACUUAUGUUAAAACCAAAAUUGCUUAUAAAGUACAGUCGAACCUCCACUAGCGGCCACUUCUCUACAAAGGCCACUUUGUUUGACGCGAAGUCCAUACACUGACUCUUGAUUAAACGUGUCUAAAAUCCCACACUCUUCUUUCCCUAAAGUGGCCGUUGUGGAGAGGUUCAACUUUACGUUCAAAACAAAUCUCAGGGGAACCCAACGAGAAUAUAGUUCAAAACCACUUAAACAUAGCAUUGUUAAACGUAUGUUAGUUUUUAAACGGUAGAUAUGGGCAUAUUUUUAUCCCCUUAAAAUUUUUCAUCUGUUCGGAUUUCCUAGCUGAAAGUCUAGUGAUCCGAAAAUUAUAGGGAUCAAAACUUACCUUUUCGAAACUUCCAGCCAGAAAAAUGGCUGUCGAAAAUCUAGGCGACCUUUGUAGGGUAAAAAUCUGUUAAAAAUGGGAAAUUAUACCAUUUUUUAAAUGUUCGAAAAUCCUAGGAGAGGCAGGCAAGCAAGAAAUUUUACACAAAAUGUUCCGAAAAUUCUAGAUCUCAAAUAGUCUUCGGAACAGAUAUUUUCCGAAAAUUCACGUCGGGUGCCCCUGAAAUCUCGGCUAUCUCAAUUUUCAUAUCGUUGAAAAGAAAGCUGCGGUUGCUCUUGACAUCCUAGGUAGAACUUACUGACCUUACCUUGUCAUUCGUUGUUUUAAGUAAUACUUAUCUUUCCGAUACGAUAUUCGAUGUGUUUGUUCCAGUUCUGUGGCGUAGCCGUUCAUAUUAUACUGGACCGCUUUUCAUGUGGCACGAAAAGCUACCUGGGAUAGUAGAGACAUAAUUCUAAUGCCUCACUGUUUACUUUAAGCGACGAAUAUGCUAAAAUUGUCAAGGAUGGAGUGGACGCCGUAGCCUACCGAGGCUGCGAUCCUCUACGCCUGGAUAUGAUAACAGUACCAUUUGGGGACUCCAGCUACCUUACAGGAAAAGUUCGAAUACAAAAUAUGGAAAGCCGCGUUAAGACUUCUUUUGUUAUCGUUAAGGGAGGCCUUGAUUCAGGUACGUUGACAACUAACUAUGAAUUUGAUAACUUUAUUCCCUGUGUAGUGUGAUACUCCCUUACACGCCUGGACGGGGAGACUCCAUGCACCCGAAAGGCAGUACCUUUUUCCGGCGUUAAGUAUAUAAAAUGGUAACAAUUGCACUAGAACAUUAAAGGGUAGGAAAUUUUUCGUGUAGGUUUUUAUAAUAGGUCUUUAACUGAAAUAUUUCGAGCAGACGCAUGCACCCAUUUAAUAAACUCUGCACAAAAUGAUAAGAAAAUGAGUGUUAGUAUAUAUGUGAAAGGUGACCCAUUUUUUAAUAAAAUGUACACGAAAGGAGUACCUUUCCUGUCCAAAAAUGGCCCACAAGGGUCACUGCAUAAAAAAUGCAAACUGCAUAUUAAACUCUGCACCCUAAAGAUACAAAUAAAAAAUGUUUCUGCAAAUAAAAAAAGGACGUUUCUGCAAAUAAAAAAAGAUGUUGCUGCAAGUAAAAAAGAUGUUGCCCCAAAUAAAAAAAAGAUGUUGCUGCAAAUAAAAAGUCUCUCCUGCAGAUAAAAAAACAGUUGUUGUACCUGAUUUACACAUUGGUACCCAGUCUUACUCUUUUCAAGCCUCGUGUAAAAACACUCGACGGUGGGUGCCAUCUGUUCUCGUUGUGGGAGGGAAGCCAGCAAAGAAUCAAAGUAUUGCUCAGCUUGUGGCUUUUCCCUACAACAGUCGAGUAUAGCAGUCGAGUAUACCACCUAGAAUACCAGAGUUCUGCAAUCUAACGAAAAUUCCCAAGCCAACCAUUACAGGGAGACCAAUUAUCUCCGGCUGCGAUGGUCCAACAGAAAGAAUUUACUCUUUUGUUGAUACAUUACUGCAACCAAUAUCAAAAAUACAGAAAUCAUACCUUAAAGAUACCACCGACUUUAUAAAUUUUAUUGAAAACGCAAAGGGAAAAAACGGACAUUUCUUGUUUCAAUGGACGUCACAAGUCUUUACACAAAUAUACCACAGAACGAGGGCCUUGAAAUUGUCUGUAAAGAGUAUGAAAACUUCUACAAAGACAACCCUCCUGUUUCUACACAUUACCUGCGGGAAAUGCUUAGACUAAUCCUCAAAGAAAAAUCUUUCCAGUUCAAUGGGAAACAGUACCUACAAACCCUUGUUACUGCAAUGGGCACAUCAACAACAAUUCUACACAGAACCGUUUUUAAACCUACAGUUUGGUAACGCUACAUUGACGAUAUCUUUUCCCUAUGGGACAUAAGUAAACCAGACAUCGAAGGCUUCAUCGAACAAGGAAACUUACAUCACCCAACUAUCAAAUUCACGGCCGAAAUAUCUGACACUCAGACUGUGUUUUUAGACACGGUUGUAUACAAAGGCACAAGAUUCAAGGAAAAAUCUAUCCUUGAUGUAACGACACAUGUUAAAAAAACGGAAACCUUCCAGUACACACAUUUCACCUCUUGUCACCCGUCGAGUGUUAAAAAAGGAUUUGUCAAAGGAGAAGCCUUGAGAAUCCAACGAACAAACUCCUCAAAAACUACGUUUGAAGAAAAUAUUUCAGAUUUCAAGAAACGCUUGAUUGACAGAGGCUACCCACAAACUAUGAUAGAAAACCUUCUAUCAGAUAUAAAGUUCACAGAGAGAGAGAGAGUCUGCACUCCUGAAACACAACAACAGAGAGCAAAAAGAAAUAUUGCCUUUCGUGACACAGUACCAGCCCUCAGUGUCUACUUUAAAAGAAGUUUUAAUGAAAAAAUGGAAUCUUAUACAAAACCAACCGUUACUUCGCCAAAUUUUUAAAGAACAACCUAUCAUUUCCUACAAGAAAGGAAAAUCUCUAAAGGACAUGCUCGUUAGAGCUAAAAUAUAAAAGGUUAACACAAGGUUUCACGCCGGUAUAGAUGUGCGGCCUGUCACCCCUUGCAUUUUUUCACGUUCCCUCCGAAGACUAUAAGCGCGAAGAGAACGCUUUAAAGUACGUAAACUGAUUGUAAUGUUAUGGUAUACACUUAAAUUCUAGAAUAUCGUCAUUUUGAUACCCUUGAUGAAAACAACCCUCGAUUAUUUGCUUUUCCGAUCUGUCGUCCGCCAUUCUACCCAACACGAGAGGAAGACUGUGUACUAGUUUCCAUGUCGCUUGUUUGUAGCAACUUUUUUAUUUGCAGCAACACCUUUUUUUUAUUUGCAGCAACAUUUUUUUUUUUUACUUGCAGCAACUUUUUUAUUUCCAGCCACAUCUUUUUCUUAUUUGCAGCAACAUUUUUUUUUUUUUUCCAGCAACAUUGUUUAUUUGCAUAGGGUGCAGUGUUUAAUUGCAGUUGACCUUUUUUAUGUACUGACCCUUGUGGGCCACCGUAAAAAGGGUAAGGGAUUGGACUGCGGGGCAGGGUCUCCUUGAAUGGAACGUUAUUGAGUAGCCCCCCGUCCACGGUAUUAUUUAAACACGCUAAAUAAUUUUUUUGCAGCAUAUAAUGUUAAAAAAAUGGAAGACAGAAGUAUUAUACCCAACUAUCAUUAAAUGAUAACUAACAAAUAGCUGCUAUUCAAGGAUGCUGUGUAGAACAUAUAUUUAACUCAUUCAAAACGUUGUUACGCAGAUUUGAAAUCAUUGUAAGAGUCUGCAGAUCAUAGGUCGUGGGAUAGUCUCUUCCAAAUCUCAGCUGGUCUUCAACUUAAAAGAAACUUGCUUUUAAAUAAUUGGUAUGGGGCUGUGGAAGAGCUAGCCAAUUUAUUUUCCGCAUCCCUAGAUCAAUAAGAAGUCGCCAGUUUCCUCUAUUUCCUAGGGAUGAAUUAAAUGUCUAACUUGCAGCAACCAAACUAUUGUAUUUUUGCGGCUGACUUUUGCUGUUUUAUGAUAUGCGCCUGUGUAUUUAAUGUUUUAGUGUUCUGCUCUCAUUGCAGCUCUUGAUCCUACUACACCUUGGAGUUUAACAGGUUGGUCAAGUGGAAAAAGUCUAGUUGUAGAUUGGAGCUCCUUCCCGAAUGAUUUGGACGUUGCCUUCUUCAUAGCAUCUCUGAACCAAACGGAAAUUAAUGAAGAUAAUAAUAACCACCACCACCACCACGACGACGAACCUAAUAACCCAAUACGCAUGCUCAGAGUUUUCAACAAGUCGAGGACAGAGGUCAAUGUAUCGGGUAUUCCUGCUGCUACAGAGUUCGAAUUUGUUGUCUUUCUCGUUACCAAUACGGACGAUGUCUAUAAAAGUCAAAGACUGACUAUAACAUCGGCUGAGGGUGGUAAGUUGUUUCUCUUAGUGAAAUUAUAUUGUACUGAUGAUAAAUUCUGAGGGCAUUUUGGUUGGUCGUUGUAUGAACCCUCUUCACUGUGAAUAGGGAAUGUUCGGGAACAUUCAUCAAUUCAUUAACUGCGCAAAAACAGUCUGGCCAAGCCUCGCUCACAGUAAAUGUUUUCCUUGUUUCCCCAAGGAGCGUGGGCAAUAAGAUUUUUUUUUUGCCAAUUGAACAAGACGCUUUGGGAGCGUAUAUCUGGGCGUAUAUAUAGGGACGUGUGACUAGUGCAGUAGCGUUGUAUAUUUUAGGGGUUGGUUGAGAUGUGUGAAGUGGAAGGCGUGGAAUUAUAUUGGACGUGGAUUGGUAAGAUAAUGGCUGUAGUUUGUUCAUCAGUAAACUGGUUUGUCGUAGAAUUUAAUAUGAAGUAACAAGUAGGUAUUUUUUGGAAGGUAAAAGUGAUUUUAGGUGUUGUCAUGAGGUAGUUGUGGGAGUGCUAAUUUGGUUAUGAAGGGAUAGUGUAGUUACGGUCUGUUAAAAUGCAUAUGAAGUGGUGCUUGUGAAAGAUCUUAUCAAUUGAAUAGACGAAAACAUCCAGUACAUGUACUCAUUUUAAACGUUUUAGGCUUUCUGUCCAGGAUUGUUUUUCCCUUUAUUUUGGAUAAUAUUUGUAAAGAGGGAACGUGGAUAAGGGAAAGUUCCUUUAAUAUAGAGAAGGGGGUGUGACGAUGUUGAGGGGGCUAGCUGAAGUUUUGUGUGCGUGUGUUCGGGGGGCUUUGAAAAAUCGGUGAGGUCAAGGGGGGCGGGGGUCGGAGGGCGUAAAAUCUGGCUCUAGAACUAAGGCCCUGAUUACAUGAGUAAUCAGACAGCCCGGCUCAUGUGAUCAGGUCCUUACUAUGAUUUGUAUUGUCACGCAGUUUGCACGUGAAACCUUUGCAAUUUGCUGCUUUCGUGGUUCGUGUAUGAAAAAAUACGAAUUAAUCUAAUUAACCAAGGGUUUUAAAAAUAUUUGUCACGCACGCAGUUUGCACGAGAAGAUGUCGGACUCUGUCCCUUUUAAGGUUCGAACUAGCCUCCCACGCAGGCGUUUUUAAGGGAGCUCGUUUUUCAUCCCUCCCCACAAACGCCUGCUCAACCGAAAACAACAUUCCUUUCCCAUUGUUUUAUUUGCGUGGUGAGUGACCUAUCAACAGUUGUGCAAUAAAGUGUUGACAGGCUAAAAGCGACAUAAAACGUGACCCUAGAGUUACCAUUUUCUUUCUUUUCUUUCCUUCGCUAAGGUUAUGCAGUGUAUGGAGUCUUCUAAAAUUUGACUAAAUCUUAUUUUUGCCGCUCUGAAUCUAACAUUUAUUAGAGGUCAGAAAGCUUUCCCAGUGUUUCAUGCAGAUCGAGUAAUUAUCCGAUUACCUUGCGGUCAAGGUCAACUUUCCAGAAUCUGGAAAGUACAAUGUGAUUGGCUAAGCAUGGGAAAGGAAUGUUGUCUUCGGUUGAGCAGGCGUUUGUGGGGAGGGAUGAAAAACGAGCUCCCCUAAAAACGCCUGCGUGGGAGGCUAGGUUCGAACGAGGAAGAAUGCAACUUGUUUACGAGGUCAUUUUGCUUAAUAAGAUUUUAAGAAAUCACCUCCUUUCCGAAAAUCUGCAAUGAAAUUAUGCGUCAUUCAAUGUUACCCUUAUUUAUCUCAUGCACGAUCACGAAAUUUUGCCUGACAUCUUCUGUGGCUUUUGACAACUGAGGGCAAAAAUGUUGUCAAACUUCUGAAAAAUCGCCCGGCUUCUAAAGCCUUCUAGGUAACAUAAAAAAUACCGUAAGCUUAAUAUUUACCUAUUUAUCUUUUCCGAGCGAAAAAUCAUGCUCUGAGAGGACAUGUCCUUACCAGCAAUGAAAACGGGGGUCUUUUUUUGCAUGAGUAUGCGCACUAAGACUUGAUAAAGAGCACGCGUCCAGUGACAGUGACCCUUGGUGCACAGUUAUAGGAACCAAAUUCUUCAAAAAAGACCCCUGUUGGCAAUGAAUAGUCUGUACAAUGAAAAAGGGCAAUGACCAGUACCUAUGGUGCUAAAGGAAAACAUUCACGCCGUGUGCUGCGAAGACAAUUAUUUUCCAAAGGGUAAAUUUAAAUUAUAUAAUACUUUGUUUCACUCAGUGUACCUUGUUUUUUCAAUACGUUUGUUUUCUAUUGCUAUUUUUUUUUGCCGUGCGUUAUCUGUGGGACGUAUGUAACGAGGAUAAAUGCAGUGUCGUGACACAUCGGCAGACAUUCGCGUCGCUUGCUAAUUGGCUUGUUUAAUUCGCUUGCGUACGUUCACACGUAUUGCCUGCCUAUUGCAACUUUGAAUCAAAACAAGCUUUCUCGAUUACUCUAUUUGGGCGACGCCCAAAUAAUAAAAGGGUUAGUUUUACAAAACUUCAAUGUUGUGUCGGUGCGGGAUGUAAUGAAAGAAGAAAAUAGUUCUUUCACCUGACAAACUCUUCCCCCAAAAAAUUAAAUUGCUAAUGUUUCGAGCUCUUUCAGGCCUUGGUUAGAUCUAAUCUGCUCGGCUCGCUCUGACAGGAGCAGGACACAGACCAUAAAAGUCAGCUUUAAUGAUAAUGAUAAUGACAAUGCUAACGCUGAUGCUAAUAAUGAUGAUGAUGAUGAUCAUGGUGAUAACAAUAAUGACAAUGACAAUGAUGAUGAUGAUAACAAUGAUAAUAGCAAUGAUAAUAACAAUGAUAAUGACAAUUACAAUAACAAUGACGUUGAUAAUGAUAAUGAUUAGCCCCCAUACAGUACGGGUCUUGCUCUUGGUACUUUACACAAGGUCGUGAAUUGAACAGCUUAGCUAAUAUUCGGGGAGGGGGGCGGGGCGGGGCGGGAAUUAAGACUCUUUUACGGUGGAUAAUUUACUUUAUCUAUUCAGCCUAUACCUUUUCUUUGUGUGAUUAUUAGUACCUAGUGAGGCGCCACAUGUGCACGACUGGAGAACGGACUUUAAUUCACGCACCCUUUCCUUCCGAUUGGAACCCAUCGAUGAGAGAUAUCGGGGAGGAAAGCUUCUUGGGUACAGGAUAAACCAUCAUCCGUUGGGAAAACCACAAGAUACCGAAUCCCAGGACGUGGGUGAUCAUCCGGAGCAGGUUACCCUUAGUAAUCUAAUCCCUGGGGUAACGUAUGUUGUCUCCGUUGCUGGAUACACUAGUGCAGGCGAAGGGAAAGCUAAAUUGGUAUCCGUAGUCUGUAAGUUAUCUGUAUUUUCUUAGUACAAUGACUAGAAAUUUCCAUUCAUAAGUAGGUUGAGUAUGAUCGUUCGGGUGAACGUAGUCCUGAAUAGGACUGUUGAUAUUGUCAGUGACUGACGUUUCGACAACCUGUGCGGUAGUCAUCUUCAAAGUGAAAGUGAGUUCACUCGGACGAUCAUACUCAAUGUAUUUAUGAAAUGACUCCUGAGUUGAAACAUUUCACAGUUUUCCGAAAUUACAAUUCCCGCUCAUGAAGCAAAUGGUGAUAAAAAGAAACUUGUUGCAAUGUUGAAAAACUUUUCUAUUGAAUAGUUACAUAGGAUUCUGCUCCUAAAGACAAUUUUUUUUUUUUAUCGGCACUUGGUUUAUGUUUCAAAUCCCUAUGGUAAUGUAGUGGCCUAAAAUUCACUCAUUUCCACCCAUUUUGCGGAAAAUUCAGCUUUAUCGCUGGAAAUGUCCCCACAGUUUUCACCUCCAUUAUAAUGUUGCCUUGUGAGGCUUAGUAGCAGACACUCCGUAGUUAGGAAUUUAGUCCGAUGUUUGGAGAGCAAAAUGGCCUUAAUGCCAGUCUCUUUUAUUGCACGCAGCGGUAUUCAUUUCAUUGUAAUAUUUCUCUCGCAUUAUGAAAAAUACACGAUGAAAGUUUACUUUAUAUGCCUAGGUUUAAAUUAGCAUUACUACACCUGAAGUCCAUGUACGAUACAAGCGUAAAGCGUAUGGAUAUUUAAUGGGUCGAUAGGCACAACGUCAAUGCUACAUUGGAUGGCGCAGAAUGAUAGAAGUUGUUGCUGCAUAUUUUGACGUCAAGUAAAUGAAAAAUAAAUCUAAUAUAGCCUGAAAAGAGGGUUUCGCGACGCUUACUUGCGUUUGCUCUAGUGAAUGCAUUUCACCAGUUUACAGGUGGAUUUCGUCAGUACAAUGUUUGCUCUUAUGCUUGCUUCGCUUACCGGCAUUCGCCUUCCUCCCUUUUAGUAUGUGGUGGCGAAAUUAAUGCACAGAUGGGAAAUAUUUCAAGUCCUGGCUAUCCCAAUACUCCAUAUUUCCCUGAAGAUCAACAUGACGAUAACAUUCGCUGUCACUGGAAACUAAGACCUCCAAGCGGAUCGUAUAUGAUGCUGACGUUGGAGAACUUCUUUCUUGGUCGCAAAGAAUGGGAUCACUGCAGGUUGGUUAAUAGCUACAAUCAUGGACAAAUGUCUUGGGAAAAUUUGCAUUUGUGAUAUGCGGAUUUUUUACAUGCCCAACCUCUCCUCUACGGCUCCUCUACCCUCGGACGUACAAGUUAGGGGGGGUGGGGUAGGUUUCCACCCGCCUCUGAGGUUUUUUUUAUUUUCUUCCUAGACGGUAAAACAUCAGCGCCUGACGUUUUCAGUAACUGUUCGUUUAUCCCUCGCUCAUUUUGAGACAAGUUUAGUGAUAGUCAGUCACUAUGGUUACGAGAUAUGACAUCAUAAGUAGCAAGUGGUCAAGCCAUUUUUGACUUAAAAUGAAUGUUUUUUCAACUUUUUUCAACAAUAAAAGUACAACUUGUGGAUGAAAUGAUACAAAGUGCUUAUUUAUGUGUUAUUUUGCAUAUCAAGCACAACAAAUUACCAUUUAUCUCGAUUGUAACCUGAUUUCUAAUUCUUGGUAAAAUCCAAGAUGGCGACCAUUGUUGGCAACGUUAAAGGCCUCCAGCAGCGCCACCACCCAUAAAAUAUACCUGAUCUUGUUAAGAAGAUCAGAGGCUUUCCACCUAAGACAAAAUCGUUUCGAAAUACUGCAACAUAUUAAAAACUCUGGGGAGGAGUUCCAUCAUCUCCCCCCCCCCCCCGUACCACGGUGGGGGGGGUAUGAAAUAUGCGUGUACGUCCGAGGGUUAACAAUUCGACAACAAUUUUCCAUGAUCUGUACUCGUAUCGACCACAGAAAUCACAUAAAAAUGUUCAAAACUCAAGUGGAACCACGAGCCGCAGGCGAGUGUUUUCACUUCAACGUUUUGAACAUUUUGAUGUCAGUUCUAUGGUCGAUGUGAGUACAGGCCAUGUUAAAGUGCUUUUUGCAAUAACAAUGAAACAAAAAUGACAUUGACAGUGUUCACGUCUAUUUCCCUUAAAGCUUCUCAGAAAAUCACGGGCGUGAGAAAGAGAAAAGCAAAUUGCGCCACCAUCACAUAAUUUCUAUGGUCUGUGUACUUUUAUCGAACAUAGCUCUCGACCAAUCAGCGGGGGAGAAAUCGCUCGGUUGUUGUUAAAAUGAGUUUUGAAGAGAAUUGAAGAUGUUUGAAGCUUCAUGUCCCGUUUUUUGGCAGUGUCACAAGUUGUUGAGAACCUACUUGGUCAUUAUUGUAGAACUCUAAUAAGUCGAACUUUGAAGGGACGCGAAAAAAGUUCGAGUUUUACCGAUUGUAUGACAUUCAACGCUAUGGGGUUCGGGUUACGGCGACAAAUUUCAGUGAAAUUUUUAUCAAGGCAAACGAAAUUUAGUUCCAGUUAGCGGGAAUUUGAGUUAUCCGAGUUCGAGUAGUCCGAGUAAGAGUGACCAAAAAGUAUGGUCAAAUACAAUGGUAAUGUAAAACUGCUGUAAAACCCUACCAAGGGGCCCGACCCUCUGAAUUUAGUAAUUCAGAGCGACGAAUACGCAAAUAAUUUCCAUUGCCUAUUUUUCAGUGGACAACUUAGAGUACACUUCCCUGAUAGAGACUGGGACAAAAGCAAGAGUAUAGACAUUUGUGGGCAGGAAACCAACUAUUCGAUUCUUGUAAAGAACAGGGAUGUUGAUGUACAAGCGUGGGGAUUCAAUUACCAUCGACACGACGAGGAGGUUAGAAGAAAUAAUGGCACUAAGUUUCUUCUCCGCUUCAAAGCCUUGUCUGAAGAAGAAACAACAGGUAACGUUUGGAUUUGUGUUUUUACUUGACUUCUCUUUGACAAAGAGCCAAAGAGCACAUGUUUUGAACAAACUAGUCGUUUUUUCGUGACACAAUUGCGUCUAUAACUUCAGAUGUUUGCAAUCACUAAACUACAGCGCAUCAUGGCGUGGCUGUUGUGAUAUGACCAAGUUUGUAGUUUGCUCACUAGUAGAAAAACAAAUGCAGAAAACAUCACGGUCAACUUGUCUGCACAAAAUGACAGACAUGUUCAGAAAACAACAACAACAACAAAGUAAGGUGUGUCGUGUAACGGAAAAAAUUCAAAUACCCUGUAUUCUUUCAUCAAAAUCUCAGUCUACAACUAAAAUGCAGCCUUCAGUAGUAUGUUUGAAAUAGAAAUGACAAUAUUAACCAGUGGAGAGAUUGGUACGUCAGUAUACCUCACCUUCUAGCUAAAUUUCAUUUCAUUUUAAUAAAAUGAAAUUAAGAUAAUUCUGAGCGAAGCGAGGUCCAUAAAUUUGUCGAGCGUUGAUCUCACAUCGAAGCAGAAACUCGAGUUGCGAAUAUUUCGAUAGAUCUCUUAGGUUUGCAUGGUUGACGUCAUCCAGUUGUGACGUCAGGGUGCAUUUUAGGGUUGCCAGGCAACGCUACUUCAAGUGCGAAUGCAAUUGCUGUGGGGCAAUAUCAUGUUUUUUACAAAGUGCGUUUCACUUCGGCUUUUUACCAUCAAAACCUUGCUUUUCCCGGAAAUCUGCACUCGCUUUGAAUUCAUGUUACACCGAGGCAAACCAACAAUGAAUUGGUUCUUUCCGCACCGAUCGAUGGGACCGAUUCAUCAUAUCAAAGACUGGUGUCAGCUCCGUGCAUCCAUCCCCCGUUGAACCCGAGAGUGAAUUAAGAGCGAAAUAAUUCAAAAUGGCUUUGAAAGACGCCUUGAAGUUAAUUUUCCUCAAAUUUAUCUUCGAAUUCAUGAUAAAUUUAGCUCCGCCAACUUCAAAUAGCGUUCAUGGCGGAGAAAAAUGCCUUAAGUAUAAUAAUUUUAAGGUAAUUUCCUUGUUUUGCAUUGCAUACCCUCUACUGCCCUCUACUUUAUGAGGGCCACAAGUUUAUUAGCCUUUGGCUAUUAGGUGCUACCCUCUUUAAAUAAAGGCUUUACUUACUUACUUACUUACUCACUCACUCACUCACUCACUCACUCACUCACUUACUUACUUACUCACUUACUCACUCACUCACUUACUCACUUACUCACUCACUCACUCACUCACUCACUCACUCACUCACUCACUCACUCACUCACUCACUCACUCACUCACUUACUUACUUACUUACUUACUUACUUACUUACUUACUGCGCAUAACAUUGCGACAUCCAACAUGCCGGCGGUUUUUCCCGCCAGCGCGAAAAGAACAAACAAGGGCUACUUUCGCAGAGCUAAAGCUUUUAUUCGCAAUAAUAGUGCCGCAGAUCGGUUGACAGCUUCCUGGUCUCCUAUUGAAAAACAAGAAAAUGAAACAAAUGUACAACGAAGUCUGCAGCGGUUUUUCACUUCUCGGCCAUCGAGGUGUGGAAUUAAAUGUCCUGGCAGAGGCUUUGGAUGGGGGCUGUGAAGCCUGUGGGACAGCUCUACGGCUCUCCAACUGCAUUAACCAGACAGUGUGUGGCCUAGGAUCGCUACUGUACAUAUGUUGUUCAAACUCUGAUUGUGGGGAGACGAAUAUUUGUCGAACAAAUAAGACCCACCGUAGCACCGGAACAAUGCGAGUGAAGACCAAUCUUUGAUGUAAACACGAAGUUUGCCGCUGAAUUCACAUUUUGCUGUGUAUAGGAACCAAACAUGAAAACAUAUGAAGAAUAGGAAUCGAUCAACAGUCUUUUCUUCAAGUUUCUUUGUCAAGCAUUGUUGCUCAGAAGCAAAAAAAUCGAACCCUAGCUCACUGGAACACAGAACGCCAGCGAUACAAAAUAGUCCAAAAUAAAGAUUCAUAACUCCAAAAUCUCAUCAAAUCUUGACUUACCUCAUUCCAUAGUAUUUAUUGCACUCUAUCCAAAUAUGGAUUUCUGUGUUGGCGAUAUCAAACACAUAAAAACAACCGAAAAAAAAGCUUGAUCUCGAGUGCUACACGGUAAGCUUUAUUUUGAAUCUCGUCCCAGUCCCCGCCGCGCAAAUUGUCCAUCCUGGACAAUGCCCACCCUUCACGGCAGUUUGUGAGGAAACAAGCACGGUGACCCCCGAUUUUGUUUUUAAGGUAAUUGCUAAUAACAGUCUAAUAAAAAACAUAUUUGGAGAAGAAAAAACGUUUGAUAGUAGAACAUGAUUUUUUUUAGGUGAUUCGACUCUUUUGACGCCCAACCAGUAAAAAAUACCCGGGUUUAAGAGCCUGCUGACGCAUAAACAAGUACGGUGACCCCAUCUUUUUAUUGCAUUUUUUAAUGUUCAUAUCAUGAAUGUUGACUAUGCCAAGUUUCAAAAACGUUUGAAUGUAGAAUAAUUUCAAGGGAAUUACCUUAAUGUGACAGUUAUACAUUCGCUGCGCGGCGCAGUGGUCAAGGGUUGAUUUUUACUCAUAGUAGAUACUCGAAGGGAGCGAGUUCAAAUCCCGACAACGCCAUUCUUUUAAGCUUUGCACAUUUUUUUUCUUUUUAGUUCAUUUCUUUUUUUUUAUUCUCACUGCUGAUCCUUUAAAGCUUCGAGAGGAUUCUGCGAUAACGUAUUUCUAGUUACAGUUAUUUUAUCCUCUUCUCCCAUCAGGACAAGUGUUAGCCGAUUGGGCAGUGACUAUAACCGAUGUUACCAACUCGUCAGCACUCGUGUCAUGGCCCGAGCCCCCGAGUAGCUUCCGUGGUGGAGCCACUGUUGAUAGGUACCUUAUUAUUGGCGGAAAAGUUCCGACGGAAAUAUUUCAUCCGACUUGGAUAUUGGCAUCUCAAAGAACUCACCUAGUUAAAGACCUGUCUGCACGAACUAACUAUUCUGGUAAAGUUGUUGCCAUUCUUAAAAAUGGAAAACGUGGCAGCACAGAUUGGAAAAGUUUUCAAACUAAGGAAGGAGGUAAGUUGCUAAAUAUCUCCCAGAAGUUUAAUAUAAUUUAUAUGCUAAUUCAGUUCACUAAUGACUUGGUAGUGUGACGUUUUGUUUACUGGACCAAUUCAAAUAAAAGAGUAGUUUCGGUGGACGAGUGCAAUCACCAAAUAACGUAAUACAAAAGAUGGAAAAGACGCUGAACAUUACCCAGACCAAAAAAUAAAAGCCAACUAACAAUAGCUUCCACAACACCAAGAAACACCGAAUAAAGGUUAAAAUGAGGUCCAUAAAGAUCUCUUUUACAAUGAAUAAAGUGAAAUAAAAUCAUUUAAUUUACUCCUUCUUAGUCAUAACUUUUACCUUUAUUGUCUGUUGUCAAGAUCUUUUGAAUCUUUGGAUAAAAAGAACUUGUUGAGAAGUUGUAGGUAUGAUUAUAUUUUUCAUAUAUUCACAAUCAGUAAAAAAAAAAUAAUUUUAUUCUACCCAGUUUCAGCUAGGAACCCUCGCAUUCACAAGCGCGAAGCCAUCGACUUCAGCACUCUUUGGAUCAGGUGGGAAAAGUUGGAAGAAAGCGCAAGAGGGGGAACUCUUUUGGGAUAUCGAAUCCACGUAGAAGAAAACUACCAUGGCGAUUAUCGACCGAUUAACUUGUUUCACAAAGUUGUGACUGUAGGCCCUAAUGAAUACGAGGUUAAAAUAACGGGACUCCCACAGUGGACUGAGUUCCGGGUGUGGGUUACAGCCCACACCGCAGCUGGAGAAGGAAUCCAGCAGAACAAAGAAUGGAUGAGAACAAGUAAGCAUUAUUUUGAAUUCAGUGCUUCAAAAAAAAAUCAACACGGACACUGAUAAGGAGGCAACGUGACCGAGUGGUUAGAGCGCUGGACUUAAAAUUCGCAAGCCCCGAGUUCAAGUCCCGCCCUGACCGCUAGACUGCCCUGACCGUUAUUAGGCUGAUUUAGCAACAGAACGGGUACGUCAGUUGACGACGGCGCGCGCAGAUCAAACAACUGGCUUGACCGAUGGCAGAGCGGCAAAUUGGGCACCGGAAGUCGUGUUUAGUCUUUUCUGCGCGCUUUCCCGUCGUCAACUGACGUUCCCGUCCUGUUGCUAAAUCAGCCUAUUAUUAUCACGUGGUAAAGGCCACCCUGAGAAAACAGCCGACAUUUCGCGACGCCGCCACUGAUUUCCCCGCGAAAUGACGUCUAUGAACGAGCGUAGAAAUUCCAUACUGAUGACACGUCACAAUCCAGAUCUGAGUAAUGUUUGUGAUUGGUUGAGGCGAAUUUCAUCCACUCAGAAGCGCUAUCCUUACGCGUCAUCAAUAUGGAAUUCCUGCGUUUGUUUCUCUGGAGAUAUUUCGCAGGAAAACUAGUGGCGGCGGCGCAAUAUGUCGACUGUUUUCUCAGGCUACGUGACGUACGGCUUAAUUUACUGUAUUUUUAUUAUAAUUUUUUUUUUCAUUUUCACGGACUGUUUGCUCGUAAAUUACCCAUAGCGGUGUACUGAUUUCUCCUCGCGAUCUAUGGCUCCAGUGACAUUUACUUUUGGGAAUAAAAAGCGGGAAAAACACUUUUUUUCGAAACAACGGACCUCGAAUUCAGUUGAUGGUUGCGCAUAGUUUUUCCGAGAAUAAGAUACUGAUGUGUUUAAGGGUUUGGUUUUUUAAGCUACACCGCUGCGUUGAAUAUAAGAUUCAUUAUUUUACACUAAUUAAAAUAAUAAUAAUAACUCUGAAGGUAACACCUUAGCAAAAUUCACAGAGAAGUUGUCCAAGAACAAAGAUUUGGGAUUUGAAGCCAAUAAGAUGUGGGAUAUGACAACGGAAAUAAUACCAGUGGUCGUUUGAGCCCUAGGCCUAACUAAGAAGGGACUAGACAAGGUCACUAGUAGAAUCCCGGGUAACGUUAGCACCAAUGAAAUCCAGAAAAUCACAGUGCCUGGAACAGCCCACAUACUAAUAACUUUCCCAAUAACUCCCCAGGUCCACUGCUCGGACCCGGCUACAAUGGAUGGAAAGCAGGAAAAAAGUGACGAGGACAUCAUCAUCAUAGGGAACUUAAGCACCAGACGUUCUUGAUUCACGAACGGCAUGGCUGGCGGCGCAGAACUGGAUCGGUGACGUGGUUUACGCGCCAAAUGCAAAUCAUUAAGCAAACAAACGUGAAACCAUCACGAACGCCGACAGAAUAAUUCAAAAAUGUCUUUCAAAGAUUUGCGUGAAGUUUUGUUUCUUUCUUACGAAGAAAACAUGAUUUUAGACGAAUAAUUUCUACUUUUGUAUGACGAAUACUCUUCGAAGAACCAAGAAUUUGAACCUCUGGUUUCAACCUGAGAACUCGAGUUUUGAAGUUCGUGACCGCAACUCAAGAACGUCUUGACAUGCGCAGUGGCUGUCAUGCUGCAAAAAUACUUCCGGUUGGGGUCCGAAGAACGUCUGGCGCUUAAGUUCCCUAACAAUUGCCACUAGCCUAUUGCGUUUUAAUUAUCUCUUAGAAUGCGGUGAUUGGUUUAACAGCACUACUGGUGUUAUUCGAAGUCCCGGAUAUACAGACGAUAUGCACUAUUAUCAAUGCGUGUGGUACAUCCAGUCGAGAAACAAAAGUGUCCUGCUGCGGUUUGUUCAUGCUGAUAUUGAGCACAAUCACGAUUGCGAGUAAGUCAUUAAUUAAAAAAAGUGUUCAAGGGGGUUCCCAGUGUAUUUGGUAGCUAAACAGUCAAGGGACAUAAGUAUUCGUCACUUUCAAAAAAGAUGCGCGAAAUUUUUACUCCCGUUGUGCAUUCUAUCAACAGGAAAACUUGAUGCAGGGCGCGCGUUUGGUCAAUAAUGGCGGGAAAAAUUAGCAAAAAUAGAAACAAACAAACAUCCGACCAAGAGCACGAAAAAAAUUGCAUAGUUCCCGAAAGAAAAGAAAUAAGAGCUGUUUGUGUUUUGAGUCCUCGUUUAUUCAGUCAUUCAACAUUAAGUUCAAGGUUAAGUCGCUAAGAAAUGGUCAUUUUUUUUUUUUCUUUUGCUUCUGAGAAUUUAUUUUCAGCUCUCAUGAGCCGAAAAGGUGCUGAACUGUCCACAGAGACGAAAGAAUUAAUUUUUACUCUGUCGGAAUCCGUGAAAAACAAAGCAGAACUGUCAAGAAUGUUGAACAUUCCAAGAACGACUAUCACGAGCGUUCUAAGAAAGUACCGAAGGACUCUGGCACAGUGGAGACUUUGUCCCGAAGUGGCAGGAAAAGAAGCUUCACAAAUAGAGACAGAAAUGCUUUAAAGCGUUUGGUUAAAAGUAACGGAUGACUUACCGUACAACACGUUACUGCAAAGCUAAACGAGUGCAAAACAAAGACUUUCAGCCAGAAAACCUCGCAAAGGGUGUUGCAUUCGGAAGGAUAUAAAAGAAGGUUAGCGAAAGAGAAAAUGGUGGUUCGGGAAGCGAAUCGAAAAAAGCGAGACAAGUGGUGUAAAGAGAGAAGAGCUCGGACAGUAGAUAACUACUGAGAAAAACUGAGUAAUGUUUUCAGAUGAAAGUCAGAUUGUGCUCGGUACAAACAACCGUCUUUACGUUUGGCAAAAAGACGACGAAAAGUACAACCCACAUCUCAUUUGUUCUCGCUCUGAACGGAAGAUAAGUUUGAUGAUCUGGGGAUGUAUUUGUUAUGACGGUGUUGGAACUCUGGCUGCAGUUGAACGCAACAUCAACUCUUCCAAGUACAUUGACAUCCUAGACAAGAACUUAUGGCCAGUAGUUGUCUGGUAUUUUGAAGAAAAAGAAUACUUGUUCAUGGAUUACGAUGCUCCUGUUCACAGAGCCCACACUGUAAAAAAUUAUAAAGAUCAAAACGAAGUAACCUCAAUAGAAUGGCCAGCACAAUCACCAUAUUUAAAUAUAAUAGAAAAUAUCUGGCUCUACAUGAAGAGAGAGCUACAAAAGUUCGCGGUAGAUAUCGCUACCAAAAAUGAUCUUCUGCGUGAAAUCCACAGCGUGUGGCGGAACAUCGAAUUGGAUUAUAUAAGAAACCUUUACCAGUCUAUAACUGACCGCCUAGACAAUGUAAUUAAAAUGAAGGGUCGUAUUACUAAAUAUUUUAAGGUGAUUUUAAAGUUAGAUUUUCCGAAAACGGUGUUAAAACUAGAGCGCGUAAAAUGUAAACAAACGCCACCAUAUUGAAAGUGACGAAUACUUAUGUCCCCCGACUGUACCCUCGACGUCGAUGGCAACGUGGACGUCAUGGGCAAAACAACACCUCUGAACGUCUAUCAUGCUGUUUGGUACAUUUCUUUGACGUCCACUGCACGACCUCGACAUGAAAGUUCCUAAUGGAACGGUUUAUGGAUAUCAACACACGACGGCAAAUUUUCCUUUCUGUUUUUUUUUUUAAGAUAAAUACAGUGGUUACGGAGGUCAGUUCAACGCCAUGAAAUUAAAAUUGGCCCACAUUUGAUAAAUGAAGAGAGAAUGAAUACAUGCAUGGAAUUUUAAGUUGUGGUGUCACUGGCUUCAAUGUACGGAUAAGCGAAUAAAUUAUAAAAUGUAACUUUUUAUGAGUCUUUUAUGGUUUAUUGUGCAGACGUUAUUUUGUGGCUGUUGGAGAUGAUAGUGGAGUUAAACCAGACCGAUGGUGCGGCGUCACCUUUGAACAUAAACCUGUUUUAGCGCAAGCGCACAGAGUGCCUUUAAUUUAUGAGAGUCACAGUCAUAUCAGUGGUUGGAGAAAGGGUUUUGAGAUGACUUAUACAGUCUUGAAUGAAUCUACCUCGGAAGGUAUUAAGAAAACUAGUUCAGGCGUAUACUAAAUAUGCUGGGAAAGCGAUCAAUUUCAGUUUGAACACUGUAUCUUCUUCCGUAGAGGCUCUCUCUGGAUAUUGUAAAAAUAAAACAGAAAUAAUGAAAAACGCGCAGGGAACUAUGUGAAGAGGGAAUUGGCAGAAGCCCUUUUCCCUUCCCAACUUCCACCGCGCGCUUUCUUUUUGCCUCUCCCCAGACUCCUGAUGACACAACGAAGAGAGAGAAAAACAACAAAAAGUUUUAGUACAGUAAAAGUCCCGUCAUCUUAUUAAUGCAUACGAAAUGAGAGAUAUCAAGCCUUCAAAAUCCACUGGCUGUAAUAAAAAAAAAUAAAAACAAACAAAACUCGACAACUUCUUGUACAACAUGUCCCCGAAACGUUUAAGAUAUAAUAAUAAUAAUAAUAAUAAUAAUAAUAAUAAUAAUAAUAGUAAUAAUAAUAGUCCUAUUUUCAAUAAAUUAUUUCGGUUUACAAAAUGUCCAGAAUGCAUUAAGAAAACGAAUUUAUAAAGUUUCGCGUAGCCAAGGAAUUCCCAAAAGACUAGUGAUCUCACGUUUGCCUUGGCAUUUCCAAAUAUUUCCUUAAGAAACAUUUUUAUGGUUUAAAGUAGUAUGAUUUGUAGUAUUACAUAAUAUUUAAUGAUAUAAUCAGUAUUUAUAAGUCAUAUGAUCACAGCAGCAAAGUUGACAAUUACACUGUAAAUUUUUUUCAGCGACGCUUGUGCCAAACUGGAGCAUAUAUAACAUGACGAAAAUGGAUCUUGAUAAAAUAGUAGUUGAGUGGCAUCAUCAUCCACCGUUGACGUAUCCUCACGAAUUAUUUGCAUAUGCAGUGGUUUGUACACCUACCGAUGGAAAGCUAGGUCCAACCCUCACAACUGUACGAGGGAAUAUAAACAGAACGGAAAUACAUCGUCUGAGACCCGGAGCGAAUUAUUCCUUGGAAAUUGUUGCCUUGGUUAUUGAUAAUCAAACCGAGGAGAUCACUUUAGAAAAAAGUCAGAGAAAUAGCUUGGAGACCGAUGAAGGGGGUGAGACGAUAUUAGUCACUGAGAUUUUCGGCACUUCUCGACCUCCACCCAGCCGCGAAGCAAGCAACACGGUGCAUGUGUUUUCGCACCGGGCUGCUCACUAGGGACCGUAAGCAACCACGGCCACGGCAACAACGACGACGUAAAGAUAUAAUUGGUGUAAUGCUGAGCAAAAUAACAGCUCUACACGUGCAUCACGCUUUUUUUAGCCCAUUUCGUUGACGUCCACUUCACGACGUGAAACCUCCUAAUGCGACGUUUCAUGAAGGAUUUGAACACACAACGACGGAUUCCCUUUUCUUUUUUUGAAGCCAGAUAAAGUCUCUUAGAAUCCAAAUCCAUGAAAAGUCGCCCACAUUUGACAAAUUGAGCUAGUCUAAAUAGACGCGCUUAAGUUUGAAAGAACGCGUAUUCAUUUUUUUAGCGAUGUUUUCACUACCGUUGUCGUUCUCGUUGCUUAAGCUCCCUAUUGCCUUGAUCACAACCGUUGUCCCAUAUCUUAACCACGGGCGACAAAGAUGAGCAUAAUCAAAGAGUGAGAAUGACACUAUAUUAUCACAGUAGAGAAAACCUGAGAACCCAAAUAAUUUUGUUUGGUUCUUUUUUAUUACAGUGCCAUCCGAACGUCCCGAAAUAGAAAGGGAAGAGACCUACCUCAACAUUUUCACUUUCUUCUAUAUCAAAUGGAGGCCAAUUCCCCAUGACAAGUGGAACGGUAAUCCCCGUGGAUACAAAGUAUUUUAUCGGGCUGGUAAUACAGGAGCAUUUCACACAAAAACUGUCCCACCAGAUGCCCUUGAGGCAAAUAUUACGAUUGAGAGCGACCCAGCACCUUACAAGAUCAGGGUUGCGGCCUUUACUAGAGCUGGAGAUGGACCGAUGAGUGAUCCUCGAGAACGGCGAGGUAAUUCUGAAAGCACUUGUUCAUAUUUUUCAAGGAUAAAUAUGCUUUUGAUGUUAGUUCAUGAGGCAAAUAGUAGUCUUGCAAUAGCGCUGUUUAGACGCUUGGCAGUUUCUGCUUCUCUGUUUCGCAUAAAGCUGAAGAAUCCCUAAUGCGGGAAAUUUAUCUCAAUCUAGAAAUACCUUCAAUCUAUCCGGAAGUGUUGCAAGCAGGUUUCUGGGGUCAGUUUUGGGAUGUUUUAUGUCUUCAGUAGCGCAAAAAAAAGAGAGAAAGUUGACACAAGUGAUAUAUUCUCCACCUCUCCCGAUAUAUUUUAUCCUCCUUAGGGUAUUCCUUAUAAAUCCAAAACCAACUUGCGCGCCGAUUGUGGCAAAACUGCUCAUAAUUUUUCUUGUUUAGACCGUUCUCAGUCGUGUUAUCAACAGCUAAUACAAACUUAUUGAAAACGAUGAGAGCGAAGAUGGGUCUCAUCCCCUCAGGAUUUUUAAUACAACAAUAAUGCCGUCGUUUCAUUGUUUUGGUACACCAAUUUGGCAUCGGUGACAUGAUGUGAAAAUCAUCGUUACGGACAAUUCGUGAAACGUUCGUGAUUUCUCUUCGGGUUUUGGCUUAUGGGUCAAAACAGUCUUACGAGGGUGUUCAAGGAUGCUUGAGGGUGGGGGAAUAAUCAUGCCCACCAAACAUACUAGUGCAGGCCGUUUUAUCUUAAAGACAAUUAUGAUUUAUAUGACUGAUUUUGCAGCAUAUCAGGCUAACAUUAUCGGAAGAAUGGGUGUAUUCACAAGUCCUAGAUUCCCACAGACCGUACCUGGAAAUUUGGAGUGUUACUGGGGUUUCCACCCAGUCUAUUUUCCUCAGCGCUUCCGAAUGGUGGUGGCUUUUGAGGCUGCCUACCUUAGAGAUUCCGAAGGAGCUCCCAACUGCACGUGAGUCAUCUAAACUAGUUUUUGGAUAAACUGCAAGUUAUAUAUACCUUAACUAUAUCUACUUUGAGUUUGGAUACUGCCGGAAACUUCAUAAAAAACCAAAGCGAAGAAACUCAGCUUUUCCAGAGUCCUAGAUUCCCACAGACCAUACCUGAAAAUUUGGAGUGUUACUGGGGUUUCCACCCAGUCUAUUUUCCUCAGCGCGUCCGAAUGGUGGUGGCUUUUGAGGCUGCCUACCUUAGAGAUUCCGAAGGAGCUUCCAACUACACAUGAGUCAUCUGAACUAGUUUUUGGAUAAACUGCAAGUUAUAUAUACCUUAACUAUAUCUACUUUGAGUUUGGAUACUGCCGGAAACUUCAUAAAAAACCAAAGCGAAGAAACUCAGCUUUUCCAGAGCACAUCAAGCUUUUCAUCGUCUUGUUUUGUCUUUGUUAUGUUGAUUCUGUUUCAGAAAUUUGCAAAAUGAUUGGAUGGGAUUUGCUCGCAUUAACCCUUUGAGGUUCAUAUCUGGCCCGUUCUGUGGAACCUACCUUCCCUUCGCAGUGCUUUCCUGGGAACACACAACCGAUACUCCUUAUAUGGGCUUUUUCACAGGAGAUGGACCUGACAGUCGUGGUUUCAAUGCCAGUUACUUUGUGGUCUUCGAUGUUUCAAAAAUAAGUAAGUAAUGACUGAUUGUUGUUGUCAAGUUAUUGCUUGUUUGUUUGUUUGUUUGUUUUUUUACCCACUGAUCUCUUUCUAAUUUUUUUUCUUCGACUAGCGUUUUGGUGUGUCAGCCACAAAUAUAGGUGCAAAAAUAUAUCAGAGAGAAAGCGUGAAUUUUUGCGCGAGUUCCAAAUAGCUGUAGAAUGCCCGCACAUGAAUGCCAUAUUUAAAACGUGUGGCGAGAAAUUCGUAGAACCAGUUGUUAACCGUUACAAUCAUUUCUUGCUUUCUUAGGGCGCGUUCUUUGUUUUGUAUUUUAUUUUUUUGUUGUUGUCGUUGAAAAAGGUGUUUUUUUGCUUUCAAACCCAAUUAACUUUCCCUUUUAGUACUGACUCAUUUUGAUACCAGGUCUGCUUACUGUGCUUUCGAUGAGAAUGACAGACCUAAGCUGAGUAGACUAUUUAUCUUAAAAGUGACCAUCACUCCAUGUUCCUGUUUACAUUAGUGAGCUCAAUAGAACUAAAUAACAAUACCAUAUCUAUUUCUUAAUCAGAUUUUGAAGUCAUUGGUGUAAAAGUAUUUACCAGUUAAUGUAGCGCAUUUACAUUAACGAAUCUAAUGUACUUGUGGCCAUUAUUCCACUCAUGUGUGGCUAUUGAAUAGAUAUUAUUAUUGAACAGGUAUUGGCUAUUGGCUAAUAUGAUUAGCACGUAAAGAGAAUGAUACAUUCAAACCAGCUUAAGACUGACUCCAAAGGGAAACAAGACCCAAUUGUUCGCGAUGUUAUAAAGACUUGUAGGAAAUUUAAUUUACGGUGUGCCUGGAGGUACUGUAGGCCAGUAUUUUGUGUAAAUACCAUAAAGAGAAUGACACAAUCGAACUACAGUACAGAUUUCACAUUUAAUUUUUAUGUCAUUGGUAUAAAAGUAUUUACCAGUUAAUGUUGCACAUCUACAUUAACUUGUACUACAUGUACUUGUGGCUAUUUUCCCACUCAUGUGUGGCUAUUAAAUAGAUCGAAUUGUAGCUUUAAUUACCGACCAUGCGCUCUUAUAAAUAGUCCUUUUCCAAGGUACUUGCAAUGCCAAGGAAGCUGAGACAGCGUAGCGUGAAACCGAGGCCAUGGUACCCACAACUGAUAGCGGGUAAAACAAAUUUUACAGUAACUGAGCGAUUUCUCGCGCGCUGAUUGGUCCAGAGAUGUGUUCUAUAAGAGUAUACAGACCAUGGAAAAUUGUUGUCGAUUUGUUAAUCAGCCGGUAGAACAAAGAAGGAAAAUAAACAGUUCUUAGAGGAGUCCUAUAUUCCCCUGUUCGAGCGUGAAUAUGCGUGAUUUUUGAUAGAAAAUUGUCAAUGUGGCUGUUUGCAAUCUUGCAAUUAUGGCGCCAAUUGUAUCAUAUUUGGCUCGUUAGGUUUAUCAGUUGUUUCUGGGACUAUCACGGAUUACAAUGUACAAGUGGCUUGGACUAAGACUAGCAUACCAGAACAGAUUAAAGAGUACUUUAUUUUCUACAAGCCAGUCAGAGAAGAGAAUCAGCAAAUUAAUAAUGGCUGGAGUUUCAAGAGGUCAACUCAGCCCUCCACUACCCUGGCUCCUCUUCAGCCUGCUACCGGUUAUGUUGUGUCUGUGUUGGGUUCCACGUCAAGCCGCAAGGUGUACGGAAGCAAUGACGUUACGUUUCAAACCACUGGAGGUAUUGUAACCCUAACUUUUAAGUACAGUCGUCUCUUGUCGCUCUCCGCCGCUAGGGACAUUAAAUUUCGCUCGGAGCGGCGAGGCCUAUUUCCCUUUCGUAAAUGGUCGUUGCCAUUUUUAACGGUCGAUGCCACCAUUGAUAACCAAGGCUUUCGUCAUGAUGGAUGUAAUAUUUUCUUUGGAUUAAGUUGCAAUAAGGCAAAUUACACGUUUUUGAAUAGUUUUAGAAAGAACGAAGUUGAAGCCCAAGUUGAAUUUACGUUAAAAAUUAUGGAAAAAGCUAGCCGGGUCACCUGUUAUUGAUGUAACAGUUAAGAAAGACAGUUUCUAGUGUAUGAACUUAAUUUUUUCGGAAUUCGGUGUGGUAGUGUAAUGGUAAGGGAGAGAAAUUAGGAUGCGAAAGGUCCGGGUUCGAGGUUCAGGUUCGACCCUGGGUUGUGAUUUUCUUUCUUUUCAAGUAAAAAUUGGAAAAAUAUUUUUCCAGGUGUGUUUAUGAAUGGAAAACAUCCGUUCGUCAGUAUUCACUUGAGUGGCAUCUCUCACGCUGCCAUAAUAAGUUAGAUGAGAAACGGAGACACUUUAAUACUUGUCAUACAGCUCAUACGAUCAUAUUUUCAGGGAAGAAAGAACAGAGUAAGGAUAGGUUCUGUAACAAGUGACUGGGUUGUGGUGAAGAGAGGAUGUCCACAGGGAAGUACGUUUGGACCACUCAUGUGGAAUAUUUUCCAGAACGAUAUGCCUAGCAUAAUAUCAGAUGCCAAUGUCUCGAUGUAUGCGGAUGACCAUCAGGUCUUUGUAGCAAACGAAACAACCAAAAGCGUGGAGAAGAUACUGGUGGACAAUGGAGAGAGGAUGACUAAAUGGUAUCAAGAUAAUCUUUUAAAAGUCAAUUGCGAUAAAUAUCAAGCCAUGGUUUUGGGAAAUCCAAAAGGAGAAAGGAACGUUGAUCUGGAUAUAUGUGGCGAAAAAGUCGAACAGUCACAAUCCAUCAAGAUCCUAGGUGUAAACCUAGAUGAAAACCUAAACUUUAGAGAUCAUAUACGUAGUGUGUGUAAGAAAGUUGGCGGGAUGAUCGGAAUAUUAAGAAGGCUUAAAAAUCUUAUGCCAGUAAAUGCCAAGUUACUUUUGUACAAAUCAGCUAUUAUGCCACACCUUACUUAUUGCCACCUAGUGUGGCAUUUUUGCACGGCAUCUGAUAGUCGUAAAUUGGAGCGUCUACAAGAAAGAGCCUUAAGAUUAGUGUAUAAUACUACUACCGAAAGUUAUGACACCUUGCUGAAAAGAGCUAAGUUGACUAUUUUACAAAAUAGGAGGUUGCAGGAUAUACUCAUUUUGAUGUUUAAAGUAAAAAACAAAUUAACAGUGAACCAAAUUGCGGAUAUUUUUAAUAUCAACGAGGAGAAUAUUAAUAGUAAGAGAUAUAACCUAAGAAAUGCAGAUUUUGUCUUACCUCGGUUUAAAACUGUUACUUAUGGAAAACAUUCUCUCAGAUUUCUCGGACCACAAUUAUGGUCUAAACUAAGCAAGGAGGAGAGAAAUAUUGCAACUUUGGCAACUUUUAGGACAAUGAUACGUAAGAAGGAUGUAACAUCAUUUCUUGAGGGAUGUGGGAGUGAAUGCCGCUUAUGCUUAGAUUAAGAGGACGUACGCAUAUUUACUUAUUCAUUUUAGUGUCCGAGCUAAUAUACGCAUUUAGUUUUUAUAUUGUAAAUUUUCGAACUUAGCUUCGAAGUGUUAAAUCUAGAACUUAGUUUUUAGAGUGUAAAAGAGCACUUAGCUUGAAUAGUGUCAAUUUCCGGCCUUUAUAGUACUUAAUUAGUUUCUAUUAAUGAUGUAAUUUAGUUUUAAAGGUGUCCCCAAUUAGUGCCAAUAGGCACUAGAACGACAAGACACUUUAAUAAAGGUUAUGUAUGUAUGUAUGUAUGUUGUCUUCGUAAAUGAAAAUUGUUGUCUCUGUAUAUGUUUCACCGAAUUAUUUUCCUUUCGUUGAUUGUUAGUGGUCUCUUGUAAUUUUAAUCGCUGUGCCGUUUGUUUUCAGUCGCUUGUGAACAUCGCUUGCAGGAGUACUCAAAAUGCCGCGCGUAUCAAACGGAGAAGAUUACACAUCGUUAUAAAACCAUUAAACAAAAAAUAAACAUAAUAAAUUCUUUAUAACGUUGAAGCGUAUAACUAUAUAUUAAUCUUGAUUUAAACAGUCGACUUUGGUGCUUGUCAAAAGUGAGAACCGGCUAGCCGUAUAUGUAGGUGAUUUUGGAAUUUUUUUUAGUAAAAGCAAACGCGUUCAUCGAUCGUCCUGAAUCUUGAGUGAGUCCGGGGAGUGAGUGCAAUUUGUAUUGCAAAAUUGUGAAAUACUGCAUUCUGUCCGAGGUCUGUAUGAUAAAAACAGCGCCUCAUGGUACUAUUUCACCUCAGAUGUGAUGUAUAAAAAGUAUAAAAGGUUGGUUUAAACGUCCCCAGACUUGUUGGCAAGGUUUUGUAAAGUAAAUUAUAAACUUGUCGAACACAAAAAAUUCGGCCUGAUUUGUUUUCCAAAAAUUUGUUUUCCAGGCCUAAUCUACUGUGAUCAAGAGCCAUUAUGGCUCUUAAAUGUGAUCGAAGAUGAUUGCUAUUCUUUGGGUGUACGUAUAUAAAGGCUAUCAACUCGAUCCAAGAUUAAGUUCACUCUUAGCUUGGACUGUUUGCAAAUUAUUUUUCUCUAAAGUAACUUAGCCUUUCCCUCAAAAGUCACAUGAAUGUGCUCUAAAGUUAACUGAUUUGUGGAAUACAAUUGUUUAUUGUUCGAUUUAAAUUAUAAAUUCGAGUUAAUAGGAGCUACGCUUUUAGCCCUGGCUAAAUCUAUAUAUUAAUCGGGAAAUCCCGCAGUGUAGACUAAGUGAAUAUCAUCUGGGUUUUUGCGAGAAGCGUUCCAGACCAAACGUGAAAAAGCUUGAAAACUUACUCCUUCUUUCUUGCUUUAGCAAGUUAAUUUUAAUGGAUUUCCACUUCUAAACAUUUCGCUUCAGCAAAUUGUUUGAUCGCUCACGAAGAGCUAUAAAUUAACAGCUUGUACUUUAUCGCUCAAUGACGAUUGUUCUGACCUUUUUAUUUCCUCAUGCGAUACUUUUCCUUGUGUCCCCGUUCUUCUUUAACAUUUGAUUUAGCUGAAGACCAAACAGAAACAGUAAGGAACGCCUCCAUAGAAAUCGACCUUUCUAUGUCUAUUGAGACUAAUUCUGUAAUCGUUUGGUACGAGAUCAUGGCUCUGAACAACAAUACUCCUCUUCCCCAUCUUCUACUUGAUUCAGGAUCCGAUGAAAAGUUUUUGGUAUAUAGUUGAGAUCCGGCCGAUUUUUACUUCGAUUAUUAUAUAUGGCUGCAGCACUUGUCUUAUUUGGCUUAAGAGAAUCUUGUUGUUACGUCGCCAUUUUGAGUAUGAAAGCCCUCAGGCCUCGCUUCCAUGCAACUUCCGUUUUUUUCUUGAAUCGGCGCAUCUUUUUUUUUUUCGCUUAAGCUGAUAUUUUAAGCGAGAAGAAUCCGUAUUUUGGAAAGCAUCUUUUUUGCAAAACAAUAACUGACUCCGCGUGACUGGUAUGAUUUCGUCUUUUAAUCAAGGCCAUAACAAAGAGUUUUGGGUUUUUUCUCGGGAAAGUUAAUUUAUAAAAGCAAUAGAAAACUUUUUUUCCGUAUUUGCAUAGCCUGAUAUAAACACUGGAGGGGCUGACUUCGUCUCGGGUUUUCAUAACUGUCUCGAAUUCUCCCAACCCCUCUCGUGUUUAUAUCAGGCUUUGCAAACACGGAAAACGGUUUCCAUUGCUUAAAUAGAGACGGGUAAGAAAAGUGCGAUAUACCUAGAGGGGACUCCAGUUGAUUUCUUCUUAAUAGAGAGGUGUCGAAAAGGAAAACUUUAAUUGUAUAACCUCUCAUUGAUCCAACUGACUAAUUUAGCUUUUUUCCACCCUUCUUCGUACUUUUUGCAUUUAAAAUGACAAAAUCAAUUUCGUUAAAAAUUUUUUUUUUGGUAAAGAAAACGUUAAAGAGUGUCCAUAAAAUUUGCUUGGAUUUAAAAAGUGACCUAUUUUAAAGGCUAAGAAAAAUCCAAACGUCUUCUACCUUGGGUCGAAAACGUUUGGAUUUUUCUUUUUUAUAUAUGUAUUUUUUAGCCUUGUAAAUAAUUCACUUUUCAAAACGAAAAGAGUGAUAUUUAAGUAUGUAAAAAACCAAGCAGUAUGGUAAACUGAACGUCGCUAGCCGUUUAAUAGGCUUGGGGUGAUUUCCAGUGCAAUAUAAUUACGUGCGUUCAUUACGCGUGUAAUUAAAAUAGAGGCAAUGUAUCAAAAGGCCGCACGUAAACUCACUUUAAAUUUAAGCGCAACCUUCCAUUCAUUGCCUCCAUUUUAUUUACGUCCGCACUCACGUAUAAACUCCGCGACAGUGGAAAUAUCCCUUAAGGAGGAGCAUUCCGAAUAUCUAUUCGUCCAUUCCUUACGAUGGAGCCUGUUCACAGAUAAGAUCUUCCUAUCAUAUGAAGUCAACACGUUUUUUUGUUCAAUUAUAAUUGUUUUUCUCGCUGGGAAAUCCUUCCUGUUACUAUCUUAAUUAUAAAUAAGUAAGUUAGGCAUUAAAAUAAGUUAAAAUUACUUUCUAUUCAUUUUCAGAAGCCGUACCAACCACCCCUGUGAUACCAACAACACGUUAGUAUAGUGAUAAAACUUUUGUCAUUAAGCAAUAAAACGAUCAAAUCCAUCCCUGAUUAACCUUGAAUCUCCUCAUGCAAGCCGUCGGUAAUCAAACGCAGUCUUGGAUACUGGAUUCCAAUCUGUAAAUUCCGGAUUCCGGAUUCCAUGUACUGGAUUCCACAUUCUUUGUCAGUGGAAGGUGGAUUCCGGAUUCCACUUGUUAGUGGGAUUCCGGAUUCCUCGAGCUGAAUUCCGUAUUCCAAAGCCACUACUCCGGAUUCCACAAAUAAAAUUUACCCGGACCCCGGACUCCGGAUUUCCUUAAAGGGACGAAAUGAAUCAUCUAUAUGAUAAACUGGUGAUCUUUAACUAGGGGUACUUACCAUUUAAGGUGAUGUUACACGUGACUAUUUGCAAUGACGAUUUUUAGCGCAACACAGCGUUGCCACAUUGUUGCGACGUUGUUUCGAAUUCUUACAACAUUGAUCCAACAUUGCAACGCUUGCGCUAAAAAUCGUCGUUGAGAAUCGUCUCGGUAACGUCACCUUUAUUUGAGAAAAACCUGAAGUUCCGGUUGAAAAAUCAAAUGGUUCGCGUCAUUCCAUUUCGGAAACCUCAGAGAAUAUAUAAGUUGUGAUUUUAGGGGAUGCAAUUUUUGCAGUCUUUUAAGUCUGCUCAGCGGAUUUGGAUAUUCUUUGUAGCGAGUUGUUCUGCAACCGCGUAAAUUUUUUUUUUAGUUUUAUGUUUAUGCGCAGAAUUUCACCCAGGAGGUUUGUGUAAAUGGUAAGCACCGUAGUUCGUAGGUUAGUCCCCACUUACCCCUCCCCUAACCCUUCAUUUUGCCCAAAGUGAGAAUUAAGUGUUAAUGUUAGCUUAGGGGAGGGGUAGGUGGGCAGUUUCCCAGAAACCUAAAUUGAUCCGGUCUUUCUGGGAUACCUAAGGUCAGUCGAAGUAGAAUACAACCUCGCCGAAUUACUCGAAGCUUACUUAAAUCUAGUCCUGGGUUAACAGUAGAAUUGGCGGAUUAUUUUGUCAAGAAGACUAACUAUGGAUUUGCGCUUGUUGCUUCAUAAAAGAAGCCGGCCGCAAAUCGCCUUCAUGCAUGGACAGAAGAAAGUUUCGCUAAGGACGGAAAAUGGUCGUAAAUUAUGGCUUUCCUAUGACUAUCCUUUUCAUGGUUCUUUCACAUAAAACAAUCUGUGAAGCGCUGAACCAUUUUAGACAAAAAACGACUACUUUUAAGUAAAGCAUCAUCACUUGAGUUCCACGAUGUUAACUCACAAAUACAAAUUUUUUUCAGCGCCUGUUAUCCGUUUGCACUCUUACGGAUAUUCAGAAGUUACGCUGUUCACUCAUAUAUACAAUUGUUCUUUCAGCACCUGUUACCCGUUUGUACCCUUACGGAUAUUUAAAAGGAGACUCACAUAUCAACUUCGGCAGCAAAUGCAAAAGAAUUGACAUACCAAGAGGAGGGAUGAGAUUCUUUCAAAAACGACACAGAAAGUUUCAUGUACGUAAAAACUAUUAAUAUAUGUUUAUUAAAGGCUUUUUUAUCAUUUGUCUUACGAUAGACAUGUUAUUUUUUGAUCACGACGUUAACAACGCGUAUUGCUGGUCUUCGUUAGGCGAUGCUGUCGAAAUUCUAGGCGGGACGUUAAAUACUGUGGUAGAUUGUGAUUGUUUUUAAAACCUUCACUGAUAGUGGUUUUCAAUCCAAAGAACCAUAAAUCUGAACAGUCUACCUUUCACAAACACCAAAUUCCGUUUUCAAAUUCAACGUCAUACCCCACACAAUAAUCCUUUCAGAGAAAGUAGAUAACAACCUAAACAACUGUAACCACUCCAUAAAGCCUAAGAUGUCAGAAUGAAAUUGUAAACAGACUUUUUGGCUUUAACCAUCAGCCCUAGGGUUGAUUUCUGCCGCUCUCUCGGUCCUUCUCGGGCAGGAGCGCUGGCUCAUUUCCCCGACAGCGGCUGGUAAUUUAAGAAUCCUUAGUCUAUUUCAUUUGAUUAUUUUUAUUGAUUUAUUGAUUUAUUUUUUUGUCACCAUAUCAGAUAUGUCCAAAUGGCGUGAUACAGUUUGAGAGGGACAGAAUUAAUCAGCGCCCAUAUCCAUUUGGUCAAAGGUGGUGGUUGAGAUUUAGUUCAAUGUUAGCACCAUAUUGGACACGAGUCGAUCUUGGCCGCUCAUUUACCACUUCAAUAUCCAAAGUGUAUUAUCACAUCUAUACCGGACCAAGAUCCAAUGGAACCUUAAGCAAGGCCACAUCAGACGUGUUGAGUGUAUUCCAAAGCAAACUUCCGGAAGGAAAAACAUUCCAAGCCUCUUGGGUCUGUGUUGUGACAUGGGUGAAUCUCCGCCACGCGAACUUGAAUCCAGUUACGGAGAACCUGGUAAGGCUCGGGUGACUUACAGCCCUUUUUAUGUAUACUGUACUACCUAGGCACUAAUGUGAACUAACCUUUUUUAAGAACUAACGCCAGAACACAAGGUCUAGACAGCUCGGGAAUUAAACUUGAAACCUUUGUCCCUGUGUGUUGACGUUUUUUGGUAGACGAUCUACAACUCUGCGUACCCAUUAUUUCAUGUAAUGCUCGACAUUUGAAAUGGCUACUGACAGGGCGAAAAGUUUGGAUCAAUUUUAACUGCCCACCUACCCCUCUCCUAAGCCAUCAUUUUGUCCUAAGUGAGCAGUAAGUGUUAACGUUAAGUUAGGGGAAGGGUAGGUGGGCAGUUUCCCAGAAACCUAAAUUGAUUCAAACGUUUUACAAACUUACAUAUCGUGUAGUCAGGAUGUAAAUAAAACACCAUUUUGUUCCGAUAUUCAGGCACAAGUGCUCAGGCAUCAAGUGUAAACAUAGCCUGAGUCAAUUGUUUGUAGCGUUUUUAGUGCCAAAAAUCAAGUGAUCCCCCUAAAAUUCCCCGGGCGAUAAAUAAUGACCGGUCCCUUAGGGCUUUCCUAAACUUACACUCUAUCAAUGAGACCUAGCAAGUGUUCUGAAAGCACACCAUUUCCUCAAAGAUGGUGAAACUAUAUCCCCCACGUUCUCAGGGCUUCCUCACGAGAAACGUACGUUUCGUUUCACAACACAACCACCCACUCGAAAAGGACUUUUGAAUCCAGUAACGUUUGUGGGCCUGGCCACACAUAUCUAAACUUACACCCAAUAGCAUACGAUUCAAGUCUGGCAGGACAUUCCAGAGUACUUGUCUGAUAGGAUAGAACGUAUUCAAAAGAGAGCACACAAAAUUAUAUACCCUCAGGGGCACCCAACGACAAUUUUCGGAAAAAUAUCUGUUCGGAAGACGAUUUGAGAUCUAGAAUUUUCGGAACAUUUGUUGUAAAAUUUCUUGCUUGCCUGCCUCUCCUAGGAUUUUCGAACAUCUACAAAAUGGUAAAAUUACCCAUUUUUAACGGAUUUUGACCUUAAAAAAGGCCACCUAGAAUUUUCGGGAGCCUUUUCCUGGCUGAAAUUUUCGAGAAGGUAAGUUUUGAUCCCUAUAAUUUUCGGAUCACUAGACUUUCAGCUAGGAAAUCCGAACAGAUGAAAAGUUUUUAGGGGAUAAAAAUAUGCCUAUAUCUACCGUUUAAAUACUAAAAUACCGUCAACGAUGCUAUGUUAAGUUGUUUUGAACUAUAUCCUCGUUGGGUGCCCCUGUACCCUGAAUGCACAGCCUAUAAUCAAGCCCUUUUAGAGGCAAACGUCUCAUCUCUAGCAAAUAGAAGGGUUUCCCUGUGUCGUCGAUUUGUCUGUGAUGUGGCUAGCAAUCACCAUAACCCAUGAAUAUCAUUCCUUAUUCCCAAUCUGAAACAACAACUGUCUCUUAUAAUUUAACAUCUGGUAGUGAAAGAACAAUAAACAAAUUAAGAAGAACUAAGAUAGCCAACGAUUUUUUUACAUUUAGAUAUUCUUAAACAUGAUUACUAGUACAAUUGUAUACUCCUAGCUUAGUUAUGUUGUAUUUUUUCGAUUGUAUACGCAUCACUUGUUCAUUCAGUAUUUUUUAACUGCAAGAAAGUAAAAUACUAUUUUAUUUUAUUUAUUUUAUUUAUCUGAAGAUAUUCUCUCAAGAGAGUGCGUUAAUGAAGGUCGUAGAUUGAAAAUGGUCAAUUGAAAGAAACUAUCCGCCCCUCUGGAAAGAAAUUAUUUCUACCCUUAUAGUGAUUACACCAUUCACGAGACUUUAACCUUCUACCAUUCGGAAUAGAUGAUACUAUUUCAGCUGAGCAAAACUGAUUUUUUACAAGUGAUUUCUGUUUGCUUUGACUUCAGAUGAACACGUUCCAAGCCGUCAUCGUCACCGACAACAGAUUCUCGUUCGUCAUAUUUAACUAUCCUCAUAACGGCAUCCAAUAUUCUGCUCCAACCCGCCGGUAAGUGUAAAAAAUGCACUUUGCAUUUCAUUUGAGUACUAAUUGGGGACACUAAUUUUACGUCUUCGAUUGGAGACGGAACCGCCAUUUUACGAAGGGCUGGCCGCUUGCAACAGGGGUCUUUUUUGCAUGAGCAUGCGCGACUGCUGACUUGUCAAAGAGCACGCGACCAGUGACAGCAACCGUGCUGCAUAGUCAUAGGAACCAAAUUGCUCACUUUGAAAUCUUGCUUGAGAUUGAAAUGGUAGCAGGAACUUAGGAAAGACCUUCGUUGUACAAAAUAAGUAAAGAUCUGUUGAUUUAAAGUGGAGACUGGUGCGCUGAACGAGGUGAAAGAGCAAGUUUCUCAAGGAUGUCUGACACGAACAUGGCUGCUUGUUGUUGUUUGGCGCUCGACUCGUAUCUUGAUUCCCCUUUAAGAACCGCAAAGUUUGGCAUAGAAUGCAUUCCUGAUGCGUAGCUAUUGAGCAAAAUGUUCUUUAUUUAUUGUUUGUCUAUAAAUCGGAUGUAAAUCAGUUUCUCGAUGCCUUAGAGGAUUUCUGUCAAUAAUUUGUUAAUAGCUGAUUUAGCCAUAUUUCGGGAAUGGAUUAAUAACGAUCAGCGGGCGACUACCACGCCGUUUUCAGUUGGAAUAGAAAGUUUUUGCCUUAAGUAUUUUAGCGAUACAAAGUUUGUUUAUAGGAAAAUUGUAGAACUUCUUGUUUUUGCGUGGACUAACAUUGUAACGCAUCUUUUACAGGAAUUUGCUUUUGGCCAGAACUUAAAAGUUCCAAUGAUUUUUAACUUUUGGUCGGCAUCACAUGUUUACUGUACCCUACCCGUUUGUUUCAUCAAAAUCGGUCACAAGAUUGAACUUAAAUUUCGGUCCUAUUGAAUGCAGUUUUGACUGUGUCUCAUUGAUAUUCAUUCUUGUUAUUGUUCGAGACAUACAGGGUGACUACCACCAACAUCUCACCAGGUGACUAAUCUACGUCUCGUGUGCUCUUAAUUUUGUAGCUUUAAAGUGCUGGGAAAAUUGUAGAACAUAUAUUAAUUCACUGCUGAACUGAACAUCGGCUUUCGCGCACUUCGAACCCACUCGCCGAAAUUUGCUAUGUUUUUUUUUUUUAAUAUUUCUUUUCCUUUCCAAUUUCAAAACAAGGAAAAUUGAAAGUGUUUACUUGCAUCAACAAACGUUUCUGCACUUUGUUUAGACUUUGAUGAGGUCAGUGCAAUCCUCCAGGAACUACAUAUACGUGCGCUGUUGUCCAGGUCAAGUGGGGAGAUGAAAUUUGAUAGUAGCUCAUGUAUGUUAAAGCCGGUCUACUUCGCUUUUGUUAAGACCAUAUUAGAGUUUUUUUUGCAAACUACACAUUUUGUUAAAUCACGAGCACAUCCGCCAAGACCAACGAGCAAAAUAAUCGCUAUGAUAGCUUUGAGACGCGCCAUUUUGAUGAAGGCAAACCCUGUGGUGAGCCUCCAUGCACAUCGCUUGUUCAGCGGUCGCGCAUGCUCAUGCAAAAAAGACCCCUGUUGCCGCUUGCUGGCUAGAGUAGACGUCUUAUGGUGUUAUUUGUGCUUUAUAUUGCCAACAGCGGAUUAUACAGGAGGAUAAAUACACCUUAACCCUAAUAGACUAGCCCAUCUGAGGCCUUUAUACUGCAAAACAGUCGGGGCUUCUUAUUGUAUUUUAUUUAUUAUUUUUUUCUUAACUGGAAACCACAAACUGCCGGGAUAAUAUCUCUGCGCGAAGGGCGAGAGCUUUUUUUUUGACAGCUGAACAAACAAUUCUUACCCUCGCGCAGCGUUCUUGACGUACGUAAAAUAAGGGCAUCUUCGCAGUCUUGGGGGCUGCUUUGUGUUCCGUAUUUGGCGGCAUUAUUGAAAACAACGGUGAUAAAUAGGUUUGCAGAAUACAACGUGUAGAUUUUCACCAGAAGUGCUUUUCUCUUCCUUCGUUACAGGUCAAACUACGAAUAUUUUAACUUUUUUUAUUUACUUUUCUCUUCCUUCGUUACAGGGCAAACUACGAAUAUUUCACCGACUAUCAAUUCCUUCCUGUCAUUGGUUUCAACGCAGGAGAUAAGGAAAACAAUUUUCGCAAUAUUCCAAGGUACGUAUGCUGUUUAUUUGGAUCAGGCACAUCCCGAAAACGAGGCUUUGCUGAACAACUGAGUUACAGUCAAGACUAGUAGUACUACUAUUAAUAGACCUUAUUCACGUUACCCGCCGUCUUUGCACGCGCUAAAGGAUUAAUGGGGAAAAAAGCAAUGUCACAUGAUUUCUCAGGGGGCAAAAAAAUGAUAAAAGCUGCCAAUGCAAGAAAUCACGGUCGAGUUUGUUGACUCUAGACAACAGAAAAUAAAAAACGUUUCAUAAUAAAGACGAUAGCGGCAAAUUGUGGGUAGAAGUAAACAUCGUUACUUCUUUGGAUGCUGUAGCGACCGUAGAUGUCCUCACAGCAAACAAUAAUAACGUAAAUAUUGUCCAAACUCGAAAUGUACUUUUUGCUAGUCUAUAAAAUUGUCGUCUUGUUUUGACAGCAUAAACAAGGUCGACCGCGAUUUCUUGCAUUGGCAGCUUUUAUCAUUUGGUUGCCUCCUGAGAAACCACGUGAAAUUGUUUUUUCCAUCAGCCCUUUAGCCCGUGCAAAGAUGGCGGGUAUCGUGAAUAAGGUCUAUUGCCCAUUCUAGAAACUAUAAGGGGACUGGGUACAAGCUUUUGGCGUAAUGAUUUCUAGGAUCGUUCGGGUGGUCAAGGAUUAAUUACGAUUGGUUAAUCGUUACCUUGAAUACCAUCGACCAAUCAGAGCUAACGCAUGUCCACCCCAAAUGAUCCCGGAAAUCACUACACCCAAAGCUUGCACCUAUUUUCCUCAGAGUUUCUGAAGUGGGCGAUAGAACAGACAAAUAGGUCAGUUUUUUUUCUUUGAUUUUUUCUUCACUUCACAUCAGUUAUGUGACGAAGAGUUUACUUUCAAAAUAAACUGGCAUGCACGUUACAUGUAGUCUUUAUUUUAAGACAUUUUCCUCUUGUUACCGGAAAUACCCUUUGAGAGCUUAACCACAGGUAACCCAGGCUCUGUGAUAGCACCACAGGACUGUUCCAGUAAUGAGAAAAAAAGCACGUGCAUCAUGCUCUUUUUAAAUAAACAAUCGAAUUAAGUGUGAUGGUGUGAUGCACAUUCCAAGCUGAUGUUUUGCUAAUCUAUGAAAUUGGUGUUUGUUGUUAAUGUUGUUGCUGUCGUCGUAGUCGAUUAAGCUUUUGCGCUUUGAAAUUGGAAUUUUCCGAGAGUUAAAAAAUUGCAAAAUGCAAACAUCACCUUUUACAUGUUUCUUUCCCUUUUUUCUCAUUUUCACUCGUGCACUGGAACAUGUAGUUUGCUUGGGCCAGUCGCGUUUGUCUUAAGUGAACAAUAGCCCUCGAGCACAUAUAUUUCCAGCAGGAGUGGCUAACUUUUGUAAAGCUAUGUAUCGGUCCCUAGAAAAGUCAACCCAGGGCACCCGGGAUGGAUUUUUUUGUACAGUGCCCAGGCCUCAUUUUCUUGGCCGCGCGUUAAUCUGGCCCGGCUACUUCGGCGAGCAUAUUCUCGGCCUUUUUGGAUUACAUCCUUCGAGUUUGUCAAGGUCUGCGGGAUUCGUUUUUUAUCUGGGAAAGCUUCAUUGGUUUCUAUAUCUGCUGCUAUCCUAUUAUUACUAUCCUGGCAUGUUUAUUUUCUGUUGGAGUUCGAAUUUCAUGGAAAACGUUGUGUUGAAUGAGAGCAUGGUGGCCAAGAUGGCAUCUCGUGCCUCCUACCUUGUAUAUUAUUAUUGGUAGUCUUUACACUAGAGCUAAGAUAAGCUAAGAAAUAUUUCAAGACAAGUAAAUUUUAAUUACUUCAAGUAAAAUAAAGCUUCACACACAACCGAUUCUUUUUUACUUUGGGUUAUUUUCCCACGCAACAAAUUAAGAUUGAUUGACAUGUCUCGCCUUUCUCAAAGCUCAAGAAAUCGCAAAACCGCAAGUCAGCUAAGUCAUUCAUAAGGAUGGUUUUCAAGUCGCUUGAAACUUUCUUGAAUCGUUUCAACUUCCGACUUUAAUGAGAUGCAAAGCAAAGUUACUCGAGAUUUUACUAAGGCCUUCACGCACGAAUUUUUGGUUAAGUAAAACUUAGCGGCUCGUAAGUCUUACUUAACAGCCUAGUGUAAAGACAACAAUUGUAAAUAGAGUGAAUUUGAACAAAUUAUCACGAAACUUCGUUGGAGCAUCAAGGACAACAACAACUAACUGCAGAGUAAGUUUUGUUGAUCUUUAUUUAGUAUUUCCUAAAAAUUUUAGGAUCCUAUUUUUACCCCUUACAAACACUGUAAUUUUACUGGAACCGUACUGUGGUACUAUCACAGAGCCUGCGUUACCUGUGACCAAAACAAAACGAAUGAUAAAAUAUUAAAACGCUUGAGGUUAACCAACCGACUGUCGAUUUUCUUGUCACGGAACAGGUCAGGUACUGUAGAAGCUGAAAGCAUUGACAACCUACCUGGAAAUCAGGAAAACAUACCCGGGCGAUGGAUCAUGCGACUUGAGAAUUCUAAUGGUGAAGAGGAUAGCGAUGUCAAAUGUGAACAGUGGUUUGAAGAGCAGCCAGAUCUAGAUUAUACCAACUCCACUAAACCGGACCCUUGUCCCUGUACGUUAGAUCAGGCAAGAGUGGAUAAUAGGUAUACAUGGGUUGAGUCACUUUUCCCUUACACAAGGUGCUACUACACGGUCAGGCGCUCUAGUGAUAACCAAGGUAGAAAGUGUUGUUACUUCAUAAACGCUGAGAAAUUGGGAGCUUUGAUUAUCGGAAAGCGCAUUGCAGGUGCAAUUGACCGCUUCCAUAAGCUAGUUCCAGAAUUAAAGGAUGAUCACAACUCUAGUGAUAUCAUGGGCUUUCAGUAUUGCUGCAUUGGAGCAAGAAAAAUAGGGGCAAUGUGCAGGAAGUAUUUUCAAAAGCGGCCAUCUGAGGGCUGUGAGGCAUAUGUACCCCCAGUUCAAGGUAAGAUACUUUUGGGUGUUUAUUAUUAGCAUUAGCAUUAGAAUUAGCAUUAUCAAUUAGUAUUAUCGUCUUCCUUUGCAUCAUCAUGAGCAUUAGCAUUGUCAUCAUUUCAUUCAAUGGAUCAUAGUUAAUUGAUUGGAAUGGUUAUGAAACCCGUCAGACUCCUUUGUUAUAUGUUUUUGUGGACCUGAAAGUGCACAACGUUCAAAAGAAUUCCUAUCAUUUUGAGUGUAUUGAUCAAUAAAAACGUUGCAUUAAUUUAUUCCGUAACAAUUUGCCAACAGAAAACAAAGGAUUGUGCACUUUCACGGUGCUUUGAACAUAAACUGCAGCACUGUUGUUUUUAUCAUUGAUGUUUGCCGCUUUUCAUAACCAGUCUCCUCUAAUAACUAUGAAUGGAUGGUGUGGAAAGACGGUUAUGAGAUUAAGAAAGUUUCUUCUGGGUAGAUACAAUGCCAAAUUUCCUUUCCUAGGUGCUCCCCGCACACCUUCAUCCGGAGCUUCUGUACAAAGUUAUUGCUACAUGUUUUAUUAUAACUCACAGCUUUGACUUGAUUGAAAACAAUAAAACCUAUUUUGCUUGAAAAGAAGCUUCAGAUUUUUGUUGGGACUUAAAUUGUGAUCAUGGGAUAUUGUUUUGUAUUACAGCUCCUACUUUCGGGGAUCCUCAUGUUUUGACACUUGACGGCAGAAACUACACCUUUAACGGACUUGGUGAGUACACAAUGAUAUACAUCAACGAUGGGUUCUUUCAGCUGCAAGCUAGAACAAAAGUUGCUAAAGGAGGAGGAACAGCGACCAUCUUUGCUGGUGCAGUGGCGAAGGAGGAAAGUACAUGCACAGUGCAGGUUGCUUUGAAAGACGAAGGUCAGUGAGCGCUAAGAUACAAGUUUUUUCACUUGUUUUCUCUUUUACCUCACAUGGCAUGAUAGCAGUAACCGAUCGUAUUCAGUAGGUGUUUUAUGUUCCUAACAUGUGAUAUCGUUUGCUUGAAUUUAUUACAGGAGGAUUGGAAGUGCUGAUAGAUGGUCAGCUGUACAGCGACUACGACACUUUGACAAACGCCAGCGUGUUUGUCAAUGGAUCUCUAGCACUGUCACGUCCAGAAAGCAACUCCUUCCUCGUGACGUUCCCCUCUGGGAUAUCUGUAACAGUCACUGAACUACAAGGCUCUCUCACUAUAGUCUGUGCUGCACCCAUAUCCUUCAAAGGAAACACCAAGGGGCUCUUAGGGACUUGGAACGAGGACACCCUUGAUGACUUCUUAAGACCUGAUGGAACAACUCUACCAUCCAAUGCCACAGGCCGUCAGAUACAUUUCGAUUUUGGAUUACAAUGUAAGAGACAUUUCAUAUUCAUUUCAAUGUUUGUCAGUUGUUCAGUGUAGCAACCACAAAAACACGCUAUCAAUAAACUAGAACGCCGUAAAUCCUCUAUUAAGCCCCAAGGGGUGGGGGUGGGGGGAGGGGCUUAUCUAUUUCAAGCCCAUUUGAGGGGGAGCUAAAUAGAGACGGGAGGCUUAUUUGAGAUGAGGGGGGGGCUCAUUUAAUUUAGAAAACUAAAGACGAUGGUAUCAGUUCUUCAUAAAGAACUAGAAUACAAAGUGGAAAAGCUCAGGUACACGAUGGAGGUCAUGCAGCCGAGGAUCAGAAUCAAAUCCGGAAUCAAAUCUGAACUAGUUGGUAAAUAAACUACCCCAGAUCAGCCCACACGGAGUUUUACAGUCGUGAUUGAUCAAUACAGUCUACCAUUUCUUAGUAAAGAAUGAUUAGGGGAGGGGAUGGGGGCUUGUUAUUUUUCUUCCCCUGAAGCUGGGGGGGGGGGCUUAUUAGAGGGAGGGGGCUUAUUUGAGAGGAAGGGCUUAAUAGAGGAUUUACGGUAGUCGUUUAAAUUAUUCAAGACGGCUAAAUUUGAUACCCAUUGUCUAUGGUGAAAAAAAAUUAUUUCCAGUGGUAGACACAUUUGUAUUAACAAAAAAAUGGUUAAACAGAGAUCGCCGCUACAGUUCAAGUCAUUUUACUUUUAAAUGAUUUGGUGUAUGGGUUAAAUAAGAAAAGAGGAUGUGUUUGUAUAUUGUGACUUUAACAAAUUAACAUGUUUCAAUGUAGGGCAAGUGAUGGAGAACACAACCCUAUUUACCUACAGUCCUGGAGAAAACAUAAGCACUUACGCUAAUACGUCAUUUGUUCCUAUCUUUCUGGACGAGCCAAUAAAUUUUGCAACCGACGAGUUAAGGGUUGCAGCAGAGCUUGCUUGUCAAGGGGACGCGAACUGCUUGUUCGACAUCGCUUCCACUGGAGAUGUAUCUGUUGGAGAGAGUACCAAACAAGUGGCUGUACAAAUUGAAAGUGAAUCACAAGCAUUGGGUAAGACAGUGGCGCAGUUGAUUAUAUCCAUGUAGUUACUUCUGCAUUAUAAUUUUUUGAAUAUUGUCAUAUUAUUGUCAAGCAUCUGCGUACCUAUUAACGUUCUUUCCGGGGUCCCCUCCUACUCGGCCCCUGGACAGGAAACGACAUGGGACCGAGGUUACUGGCCGCUAACACAGACAUCCUCAGAACAAGUCACGCAGUCCGCAGUCCCGCGCGAAGAUUGCCCGCAUGGCGUGCUUUCAAGAAGUCUGGAUGUAAUGCUAGACUCCAGUUCAAUCUAAGCGAUUGCGAUCAUGACAAUCGUUCGUCUCAUCCUACCGUGCCUCAGAGGUUUUUUAUAAGAUCGCGUCGAUCGUCUGUACUUUGAGACGACUCGGGUGAUCUGAGAAAUCCUAAACGAAUCAAGCUUCAUCUAACAUAUCUUGUUCUAGAAAAUUUAACACAGUAGUCACUUUUAAUUUCGCCACUGGAAAGCAUCGUAAGAGCUGUCUUGAUGUCUAUACGACUCGUUUGGAGACUUGAGGUCUAGAGAGGGAUCAUGGCAUUCCCUUCUGUUGUAGCUCUGUUGUGCAUUUCGUAGUUUAUUCAACUUCGAAGAAGGCUCGCCGGGCCGCCGCACCAGUCUCUGUCAAAUUUUCUGUCAGUCUGUCAGAGAUCAAGUGUUUUUCCCUAUAGUGGAAGCCGGAUUGGGGGAGCUUUUUGGCAAGUUGCCUAACGCAAUACCGAGAGGACUGUUUGCCGUUUCGGGUUUGAAAGUAUAAUCAGGGUAUAUGACCCGUGCGGUCAACUAUCAUGGCUGCUGCUUCAAGUCCUUUCGUAAUAGUUCAGUACAUUAACGGCCUUGCCUAGACUUACUCAGAUAGCUCUUUCGAAUUGUUAGCUGUACACGACAAGGUCUUCAGUAGAUUCCUCUGUCUUGCCUAAAAACAAUUUCGAAACUCCUCCUGGUCUCUAGGCGGGUUGUUUUAGACCGGAACUGUAGGUUUUUUUAAAAGCCAAAGCAUAUAAAUCUAGAUGUAUCUCAGACCACGUUAACGGCUCCUGGUCCAUGGGCCACUUUUCCAAGUAAUUGUUAGCUGAUCUCUGGGUACUAUUAGCCGCCCAAGAAUGCAGACUACCCCUGUCUACAAUUUUUUCUCAGCGCUAGCCUGCGAGUACGCUCACUUGUGUGAGUUCUUUUUCACCGAGCUCGCAUAAAUGAGCCUGCUCGCAGGCUAUCUCAAUACAAGAACGUGCUACUUUCUUGUUUGAGUACACAGUGUUCUGUAUAUCUCAAGUUUGCGUCAUGUUAGUGCAAAUGUCAUGCUUCGAGUGACAGAUUACCUUUCUUCUUCAAGUUAUCUUUUUAUUGUGUUUCCAUUUCGCAGCAAAUUUUCCUCCAAUAAUAUUAGGAGGACCAACUGAGGUCAAUAUAACUGUCGACGAAACAGCUACUAUAACUGUUACAGCUGAGGAUCCAAACAACGAUUCCUUGACUUUCACUUUGUCUGGGACACUUCCCGCGGGUUAUAAGAUGACAAGCGAUGCGUUGUCAGUAACUUUGACUUGGAUGGUCACUUCUAAUGAGGUAACGUUUGCUAUCUUAUUGCAAAUCAAGUUUGUUUUCAGCUUUUAAUUUUGAUAGAGUUGCUACACGUAAGCUCACUCACAAAUGAGUGGUAAUAUACAACUGAGCUUCAAAACUUCACAAUCUAAAACAGGAAAACACAAUUUAAAUUUGGCGGUAUUUGUCAGGGACACCAAUUGUUUAUAAAAAAAACCAAAAUAUUACAUAAUUUUGUUGUACCAGUGUAGCUUUUGUUUUCAGACUUGAAAACAAUCGCUACACUUGUUAACCACCGUUGUAAAAGUUUUAUCAAAUUGACCCUGCGAAUGUCUGUGGUUUAGUUGCCUCCAAAACUCGUCAAUAAGAAAAUUUUCUUCAAAGAGGAACCUUAGAGUAUCUGAGUAGAGGAAGUUGUCGUUAGUUGUUUCAUUAUCCCAUUCCAAAUGUUUUCAAGUGCAACGAAUUUAAAAACAAGGUAGUGUACUUUUGACUGCCGCAGAACGCCAACCAUUCUUGAACAGCUACUUUUGUUAAUUCAUUUUGACAGGUACCUAAUUGCCUGUUUUUGUUCCUGUUGUUGUUUUGUUGUUUGGUCAGAUCGAAAUAGACUUUGUUGUGUCGGAUGGAACUGCAACCACAGUCCUCAGUCCAGUUAUUAACGUUUGCGCAUGUCUUAACGGUGGAAGCUGCUUUCAAAAUGAGGAAGAAGAUAGCGGGGACAGUUGUACCAACGACACAGAAAGAUUCAAUAUUCUCUCGUGUGCGUGUGCGAAUGGGUACACCGGAUCAUUUUGUGAUUCAGAUCUUGACGCUUGUAAAGAAAAUUCCCAGCCGUGUUACCCAGGUGUCACCUGUAACGAUUUACCGCCGCCUGCUGGCGACUCUGGAUUCCAGUGCGACCCCUGUCCAAGUGGCUACUCAGGAGAUGGUAUUGAUUGCACAGGUAAAGGACAAAUUAAAGGAACUGUGUCACGAAUUUAUCAGAAUUUUAACAGUGGGAACUGCCACCAAAUUGAGUGGAACUUGAAAAUGGCGGCUCAAAACAUAAAAAAAAGAUAUAGAUAAUUAUCACAGCAAAUACAAAAGGAGGCACAUAAAAUAUUUUGUUAUGUGCUUUCACUGGCUUGAUGAAAAACAGUAAUUUACUUAGUAACCACGGUUGGCAAUAUACCAUGGUCAAGAGCUUAUAAAACACCAUGGUCAGACACCACGGUCACACCAUCGCCGCCUAUGUUCAAACAUGGUCGGUAAUGAAAAACCCUGGCACCAUGGUCAACCUCUUGCCGGGGUUGGACAAACUUCAAAAGGAUUGAAUCGGAUUACAAUUGUGAGUUUUGAAAAUUGUUAGCCCAACAGUUUUUCAACGUCCAUUUUUGUUGUUUUUAAAGAUUGAUAUAAUGUAUGGAAGACAUAUUUUGUUUGCUACAGCCCCUCAAUCUGGACGGAGCAACUGCUUGAUUUCUGUCUUUGGUGGCAGUUCCCACUGCAGUUCCUUUAAACAGUAUCAAAGGGUCUCGGCUCCCCGAACGUAAAUACAUAUACCCCUGUAUUGAUUUGACUGCAAUAAAAAAGUUAGCAUAGUGGAAAUGGCCUUUGGUCUGUGAUCUAUACUGUUCGAUAAUGUGUUUGUCGGUUAUCCAGUUGAACUGGCUCAUUAAUAAGGCCCUGCUAGGGUAAUAAGGAGCAUAAGCAACGACGACGGCGACGGCAAUGAGAACGGCAAAAGAGUAACAGGUUUAGACUAGCAAAACAACAACUUUGCACGUGAUCACGCUUUUUUGUACAUUUCUUUGCCGUCGUUGCACGACUACGACGUGAAAGUGCCUAAAUUCACGUUUUGUCGAGGACGGGAACACAAGACAACAAAUUUCUUUUUCUUUUCCUGAACUUUAAUACAGUCCUCUAGAAUUUAACUCCAAAAAAUUUGCCAGCAUUUGACGAAGUAAACGAGAUGGAAUAAGAGCAAUAAAGUUUGAGACAGCGGGACUUCACUUUUUAAGUGACGUUUUCGUAGCUGUUGCCGUCAUUGUUGCUCAAGCUCCCUAAUAUUUCGACAAGCGACAUGGCUUUGUAAUAGCGACACAAGACAGAUGAAAUGGCGACGAACGACACUAAGAUGACUUGACAUUGUGUCGGGGACAAAAAUAAGGUUAAUUAGUUAGACACCAGCAGGGAAAUGGCUUUCUUCUCAAUGUGCGAAACGGCAGGUUUUGAACUUUAGACUGGAGACGUAAUUAGCAACCCCCCACCCCGAUGCUUUUAUAUAUAUAAAAGUCACCCUGAAGAAGAUCACUGAAUGUGAUCGAAAUAUAGGUGGAUUGAAAGGAAACUGUUUUCUGUCUUCAUUUGUGAUUAAGAUAUAUAUAUAUAUAUAUAUAUAAUUUUUUGUCUACUGGAAAUGAACAUAACACGGUUUCUAUAUGAGUUUUCUUUCAGACAUUGAUGAAUGCUCUGUAAGCAAUGGUGGAUGUCAGCACAAUUGCAUUAACACCCCCGGGUCGUCAGUCUGUAAGUGUGAUGAUGGAUAUUAUCUAGAUGCAGACAAAAAGUCCUGCCAGGGUAAGAACGCUUUAACCAAAGGCUAGAAUGUCUUGCUUGUUUUGUCUUUUUAUCUUCUCAUUUCUCAAUUUGAGAAAUUGCCGACUUGAAUCUCACGUUUGCCGUAAACGUGACCGUUUCCGAACUUUCGUGAGUUGUAGUUAGAAAGCAGAGAAGCUAAGUGCCUCGCUUUCAUCUUGAGAAUACACAUGAUAUUAGUGAGAUUACGCAAAAGGAAAGCAGAAAGAGCAAGACGUGAUCUGUCGUGAUCUUCCCUUAACUUCACAACGUUCUGUUCUUUUACAAAAGGAUCGAUCCGUUUAAAGGAAGGUGAAAUUUGGCGGAAACAUUUUCACGCUUGUCACACACGAUAUGCCGUCUACUCCUCUUUCUUCUGCCGUCCGAUUUCGUAAGUUCACUAUUACCUCGGAUGGCAAGAACAACCCCUCACUGGCAGCGGGAGAAAUGCAACAUUGAUCCGUCCUAUUCCCACUGGAAGUAAAAAAAGGUGCGGAAGCGUUCAAAAAAUGUUAUCUUUUUGCUUUUAGAUGUGGGUGAGUGUUCUCCGGUCAGUGAUUGUAUGCAUCAAUGUGUGAAUACCAUGGGUGGAUAUAACUGCGCGUGUGACGCAAAUUUUAAGGUGGACCCCGAUGAUUCUAAGAAUUGCAUACGUGAGUACUUUUAAAAAAAUUUAGCCGUUGAAAGGGACAUAGAGUGAGGCCCCCUGGGAAAAAGCAAAUUGGUUCGAAUUAUCGGGAGGUUUCAAAAAUCGGUGGUAAAAUUACAGUGCUUGAUUGAUUAGAAUUGUUAGUUGGAGGAUUAGAGAAAUCGAUAUUUUACUGCACUUUAAUCAGCUGGUACUCCUUCAAAUAUCUAAGGGUGCGUUCCAUUGGGGUGAUCCUUUACUCAGAUCAUAGCACAUUAAAGGAACCGACGAAUCUACCCUGGGAAAGAAUUCAUCACUUCAUUUGAUGUACCAUGAUCCUGGUGAUCUUGGAUCACUGAUCCUGAUCCGGAUCAUCGAUCCCCAAAGAAAAAUACCUUAAUCGUACUAACUGUUCAUAAGGAUGCCUAAAUUGCGUGCAAUUCUAAACUGGUUUUGGCUCCAUUAAAUCCCAUGGCAACUGCAGAACAUUUUCAGAUGAAUCGCCCACUGUGAGCACAGUUUUUACCUAGGUAAACAGGGAAGUACAAACUAGAUGGUAUAUUUCCACCACUAUUCACCUCCCCUUCGGGGGAUAGUUGUAUACGCUUACAUAAUUCUUCUUCCUGUUAGUCAAUUAGUACUUUUGCAUUUAGAGAAAGUUACCUCAAGGAAAAGAGAAUCUUUUUGUUUAUUUGUUUUUAUUUAUUUAUUUAUUUUUACAGCUGAGAAUCCGUGUUCGGGUAACCAGCAUGGCUGCGAACACAUUUGUUACCAAGCAGGUGGACAGGAUCAAUGUUCGUGCAAUGCGGGUUAUGAGUUAAAUCAAGAUGGAAAGACAUGUUCGGGUGAGUUUCUUGAAAGUCGCGAUAAUUAAAGGGCCCGCAAAGCUGUUCUUACGAAAGUUUUCAUUUAAGAUCGAGGUUUCAGUAGUUUUGCAGAUAGCAUGAUUUUUACCUCGAAAGGUUACCAGGACAUUCGAAAAACGGGCCCCUUAACCGAAGUCGUCAGAUGUUGCUAACCGUAGAGGAAAGAAAUUAACCGUUAGUCGUCGAAAUGCCAAAUUUACGUCACUUUGGUACCAGCCUUCCUACUAUGUCAUACUACGUACUUACCUUUUGCAGAUAUUGAUGAAUGCGCCACUGGAAAACAUCAGUGCAGUCAAAGUUGCAGUAACACGGUGGGAAGUUAUACUUGUUCUUGCGCCGACGGAUUUAGGCUUGACAGUGACGGCUUUACCUGCAACGGUACGAAAUGACCAGAAAUGGAGAGAAAAAAAUGGUUAUUACAAGUUGCUGUAGCAUUAAGUUUUGCUUUUCCUCUUUCACGUGAAGAAGAACGUUCCGUAGCACAAGCGAGCAUAGAUAGUAGAGGGGACUAGUUACGAAACGCGGCAAACAUCAAAAAAUAAACAACGGUUCCGCAGUUAAUGUUUGUUUUCUGUUGGCAAAUUGUGACGGAAUAAUUUAAUGCGCUGCCAUUGGUCAGUAAGAUCAAACUGAUAGGAAUGCUAUUGAACGUUGUACACCUUCAAGUCCACAAAAAACACAUAGGGUCGGUUAUUUAAACGAAGUCUAACUUAAACCGCAGUUUAACAAAUCUUUAGACCUCCAGGUCUCUUCCGUAGUUGGUUAUUGUAAGAAGAUAAGUGCUUUUCUGGUCUACUCUAUACUCUUUCACAAAACUUUUCACAAUAAAUGGUGUUUACAUAAAACCAUUGGGCAAAUUGAAAAAGGCCCAGAACGUGGUUUUUGUUAAACGCUGGCUAAACAACGUUUAAAUAACUGGCCCAUAAUAUAGGAAUCUAACGAGCUUCAUAACCAUUCUACUCUAAUAAGUGACGUCUCAAAAUUUCAUGUAUAAACUGCAAAUCACAUCUCCCUACACAACAGUCAAGGCCAGAUCAAAAUUCAGGGCAGAUCUAUAUAAGACCUUUCCUUUUACCAAAAUUAAAACUCAGAAUCACCCUCGUACAAUAGACAGCGCUGAUAAAAAUUAAAAUACGUUCGUCUAUUCCUCUAAAAAAAAGUCAGGUGGAUCUUGUUUGCAUUGAUAAAUAAGGAUGAUUAAAUCUGGUCCUGCAUUUAAUCAACUAGAUUGGCCAAUGCAAACAAGUACGGAUCCACAAAACGUUUUAGCCAAUCAUGCAGCAAAGGAGAACUGUUCGCAGGCGUUUUCGCUGUGCUUGAUGACUAAGAACGUGCGUCGAGUGCAAAUUGGCCGCUUUUGAUUUAUUCACAUUCUCUGGAACAGAUUUAAACGGAUCAGAAGCCAGCUGGAAACUGUCCUCGACUUCUGAUUGGUUAAUGUCUGCAUGAAAGAAUGUGAGUUAAUCAAAGGUGGUCACACUUUUGGGCUUCUUGCAAUUGCUGUAAGGAAAAUGGAUAUUAAACACAGUUCGUUAGUGCUUGGCCUUCUGUAAGAGAGUUCCUGACUUCGAUUCCCAGGGGGUGUAACCAUGAAUCCUUAAGUUUUCUUUUGACUUAUUUUCUUUUCUGUGUGGCUUAAAGUAGCUUUAAAACGGGGCACUGGAGAGAGAUAGGGCGUGGGGGGAAGGAUGAUCGCACCGUCGGCCUCAGGGUUUUGUUAGUGUAGACAGAUAACAGAGCUACAGAUGUAAAAUAAAUACCUCAGUACACUAUCUUUCUACCAUGUGAAAACGGCUCUGUUCUACUUCUUAUCUUUUUAGACAUCGAUGAAUGCAUGGAAUUUACUUUCCAAUGUCAAGAUGCUUCCCAGAAGUGCGAAAAUCUCUACGGAUCUUACAAGUGUGUCUGUGGAGAAGGAUUGUACUGGAUCGACAACAAAUGCCAAGGUUUGUUUUGAUUAGUCUCGCAGAUGGAAAUGACCCCUCGGAGAGAACACAUGUACUGGCUAUUUCAACUGAAACUGAAAAAACCCUUCUUCACCUUCUGAAUAAUAUGAGGUAAAAUAAAACUGGAAUCGGUACCAAGUAGUUUGAAAGCGUUGCAAAUGUUAAAAGAAUUAUUUGCUACCGGCUUACUGUAAUUCUCCAACGUUUUUGCUUUAAACAAAUAUUUUUUUUCUCUUUUGGCCUCCGAUAAUUUUUUAUUCUUUGGAUUUUACCUGUUGGAAUAACUCAAACGCCUUCGUUGCAAUUUCUGUUACUGAAAUGCUUCGACAAGACAGCAAUGAUUACCCGUGACUGUAAUUUCGACUGCACAGCGCGAUUCCACUAGUAUAGGUAAUAGCAUGAUUUGUAGUGAUAUUUGGCAUAAAUACCACGAGUGAUAUUUCGAAAUUGUUAUACGUAAUUUCACGAGCCGUUAGGCGAGUGAACUUUGAGACAAUUUUGAAAUAUCCCAAGUGGUAUUUAUGGCUAAUACACCGUAUUCACAAAUGGCGGACACGCGGGGAAAAACUGGUGCCUAGUCAUGAAAGCGAGGCGUUGAGGGUAAACAAAAAUUGCGAAUGAAGACUUUCAGUGAACUUGCAGUGUUUAGCACGGAUUCCACCUAAAAUAACUUUGUACGGACUUCUUUUUAAAUACAAUUACGUGGGAUGUCUUCUGCUUCUAAUGUUUAGUAUUGAUUUGCUUUUUGCAAUCAAAAGGGACGCGUAUAUCUUCAAAGAAACAGGAUGAUUUUGUAGGUUUCCGAAGCAUCAGAAGCUCGACAAGUGGAGAAAAGCGGCAAACAUGUUGGCCCAAACUUUCUUUUUUUCUUGCCACAAUAUCUGUUUUUACUUCUGUUUUACAGAAUUGCAGUGAGCUGGCUUUCGUAUUCGGUUUCAACGCGAAGUUUGGGCCAACAUGUUUGCCGCUUUUCUGCAGCCAUCACCCACUUGACGAGCUUCUGAGGCUUCGGCAACCUACAAAAUCAUCCUGUUUCCUUGAAGAUAUACGCGUCCCUUUUGAUUGCAAACAGCAAAUCAGUCCUAAACAUUAAAAGCAGAAGACGUCCCACGUCAUUGUUUUUAAAAAGACGUCCAUACAAAGUUAUUUUAGGUGGAAUCCGUGCUAAACACUCUGCAAGUUCACUGAAAGUCUUCAUUCGCAAUUUUUGUUUACCCUCCAACGCCUCGCUUUCAUGACUAGGCACCAGUUUUUUCCCGCGUGUCCGCCAUUUGUGAAUACGGUGUAUAUCACGGGCAAAUCAUGCUAUUAUUUGUUUAUACUACUACCCACAAAAGGUUCGUAAUUUUCACAUGUAGGUAUUUCAAAUUAAGCUGAAAUACCACUGCUCUAAGCCAAUCAAAUUGCAGAAAUUUCUCAUGUAGUAGUAUAACAAAUAGAAUUUCGUUGUGUAUCCUCUAUUCAUGCUACAGUUUGGGUAUCGGCAGGUGGCCACUUAAUGGAGGUUAACUGCUCCAUAGACUAUUGUCAUAAUCUUUAGCAAAAACAUCGCUUCAUUUUGAAAGAAACACGCGAAAGCAGCGGUAUUACGGGUCUACAAUCAGUCGUAACCUUCUAUCUCGGGGUGUGUUUUCCUUCGUUAUGAAACCACAAACCAAGUGUAUCAAGCACUUGAUGGCCGCUUAAUAGAGGUGAACCCAAUAAGAGAACUUUCGUCGGGAUAGCCAAGGGGUGGCCGCAGCGCCUUAAAAGAGGUUUCAUUUACAAUUAUUUUCUAACAUCAUUUCGGGACUUUGAUUACAAUUUAUAACCUCUUAACAGAGGGUGGCCGAUUAAUGGGGCUUCAACCGUAAUUGUAAUGUAGCAGUGUUAUAAUACCUGUCUCCUUAUCAAAGGGCUGGAUAAAGGCCAGGCUCCCCCACCCCCUGCCACUGCUUCACCACCAAGAACACCAUCCGAUGAAGAAAAAGCUGAAUCAGUCAACUUGGACAUCAAAGGAUUCAACGUCUCUGAAGUGAGUAUUUCAGCAUGCGGUUUUUAUGAUAUUUGGCGCGUGUUCAAUUAACCGUAUUCCGUAUACCAGCAUGGAAUAGACCCUAAAACUCCUUUCUCUUGGCUUUAAAAAAAAAGGUAAAAGCGCAUUCGAGCCAAAGGCCCAAACGGCCGGAGCUUAUCCCGGUUUCCUUAGCAUGAAGCGCCUUACCAAGGAACGUCAAUACUCCCCCCUGGACUGAUGCUAGUCCAUCGCAGGGUUACCCUCCAGCAGUAUGUCGCCGUUACCUAUUAUCUAUUGGCUUUUGCUGCAUGUUUAAUUCCAGAAAUCAUGUGGACAUUAAAAAUUAAAAUAAAUAUAGAAUUCCGAUGGUCCAAAAAUUUGCGGUCGAGGAGAUUUGUCACCGGUUUUUGAGUAUUCUUAUUCCGGAAUACAACCAAUGGAAUACACCCUUACCUUGCAAUCGCUUCGUUUACUCGACCGCCUUCUUCUGAGUUCCUCACCACCUUAUCUUCACUGUUUGUAUACUUCACAUGAUUUGCGAAGAAAGAAUCAGAAACAAGAGACACGAAAAUAUCAUGUUCCAAGCGUUGGAGUAGACCACACUAUGAGCUUUAUAAGCGCCGUUGUCGCUGAGUGACUUUGCCAUAUGUUUUGCACCCUUUAAAGUUUAAUGUUUCUGAAAUUUUCUUGUACUGAACGGAUUAUCUAAUUUCUUCUAUUGCAGUGGAAUAAACCAAUGGAAGACGCGUUCAAACAGUCUGUUGCUGAGGCAGCUACAGGUUACUGUUUAAAGGGUAGCAACUGUCAGUCCAAUGAAAACAGGUAAAUAUCAAAACACCAAUUGCCUUGGAGUUUUCUUUUGGAUUGAAGAGUUAUUCACUGACCGAACAAUUGAUUGACUGGUUAGUCGAUUGAUUUAUUGAUUGACAGCUCGAUGGAUUAGCUUGUUGCAUGACUGACUGGCUGGCUCGCUGGCCGACGGGCAGGUUCGAAAGCUGGCUCACUGACUGACCGACUGAGACCUGACUGAAUAACUCACUGAUUGGCUAACUUUCUUGCUGACUAACUUUAUUGAUUGACUGACUAAUUGUUUUAUUGGGUGACAGAUUAGCUCAGCUUGUUGACUGACUGACUGACUGACUUACUGUCUGAUUAACUGCAGUGACUGACUAUACUUGUCUUACUGACUAACUCACUGUCUUACUGACUUAGUGACUGACUGACUUACUGACUAUAACUGACUGUCAUGUUUUUCUGACUAAAUGUCUCACUUAAUAUGACUGACUCACUUCCUGACAGAUUGCUUAAAGGAUUGAUUGAUCUAUUGAUUGGUUAAUAACAGAUUCCAAGAAACCUGAAAGUUAAAUCGCACUUUUCUUUAAGCUCUCGACGCAAACGCAGAUCAGCAGGAAGCCUGGUCUUUACAGAGAACCAAGUACACGUGUUGCCUGGUUACCCAAAACAGAUUUCAUUCAGUCCACUCCUGGCGAAUAUUUCAUUUUACAUACAAUCUCCAGCUGGAUCAUCCUUUAGCGUUAUGCCGAAAGCUGCCGUGGUUUCCAUUGUUCAAAAUUCCGUGGCAAGCAUUUCAAGCGCCCUCAAUGCCAACGUAUCAGGUGUACAAAUUCUUUAUGAAGACACAACGACAGCGACAUCUCCGCCAGUUACGACCCCUGUUCAGGUGGUGCCUACAGAGAAGGAAAACAAUUCCAAAUUAAAAUACAUCAUUGCCGGAGGUGUUGUUGGUGGCGUCCUACUCAUUAUUAUCAUACUCUUAAUCGUAGUUUGUUGGUGCAAACAGAAACAGAGGUAA